GGCCAUGUUGAAACUGGGAAACCAAGUAAACAGUCUCUAAGGACCUUUCCCUUCAAAGCGAUACAUCGAUAACUCAAUGUCAUACUCCUAAUGUAUCAACAGCAUAGAGCUCUGGACAGUAUACUGUGGCAACGCAGUUACUCAAUCCUUAACCUGACGUUGAGCGUCUGCGGGCUGAAUGACCUCUGUGCCCAAAACAAAGAUGGCUGCCUCCACUCGUGUACUUUGCACUCUUGACAGCUCCACUCUAAGCCUAUUAGCGACUGCCACGUCAUGACAAGGGGGCGGAGUCUGUUGUUUGCCAAGGUAAGUUGAAGUUCUUUUUCAUGUUGCUAUAAAUACUGUUGGGAUUAUAGUAUUUAUUAUUAUUAUAAAGGAAACAUGAACAACGUGUCACAUAUGUAACUGCACGAUCGGCUUAUUGUGGCAUUCAGUUUAUUGUAGUCACUGUAUUAGAGGGGUUUAUAAAGUUUGCUAUGGCAGUUCAGAGAAACCUGCUGCAUUUAAUAGAGAUUUAUUACAUUUAAUAGAGAUUUAUUACAUUUAAUAGAGAUUUAUUACAUUUAAUAGAGAUUUAUUAGUAAUUUGCUAAAGAAAGGCUAGAUUAACUAAACUACGAACUGUAGCGAAUUUAAUUUCAAAUGGCAGAAUUUAGGUAAAUACAACCAAGUUUUGACUAUAAGAUGUUUAUUUGACUAUAGGAGUUACCUAGCCAUUCUUAUUUAUCAGCUAUUCACUGAGUGAGAAUUUAAAGUAAAAGGGUUACUCAAACUACCCAUGAGCACUUCAGUGAUUUGAGGUCAUGGUGGUAGGAAUGUGUAUGUGCUUGAAACACUGCAGGUAUAAAGAUAUUGGAACAUGUGUGCCCAGUGGCGGAUCCAGAGCCUGAUCUCGGGAGGGGCACUUGUAGAUUAUUUAAAGAAAUAAUCCAGACACAAUAACUACUACAGCUCAGUGUAGUGGUUAUGGUGUCAAUAGUGCCGGGACCCCCUCCUAGAGUAAGUAGUCAACCCGUUUAAGAACAGUUUGACAACUUACCUGAGGUCUGCUGGGAAAUGGGGCGGUAGUAGGGCAUAGGAGCAGUGGUGUGUGUGAGUGGUGCAAUGUGUAAGGGGUGCAGUGUGUGUGAGGGGGACAGUGUGUGAGCAGUGUGUGUGUGUGAGGGGGACAGUGUGUGAGCAGUGUGUGUGUGUGUGUGUGUGUGUGUGUGAAGGUUGUAGUGUGUGAGUGGGGGGGCAGUGUAUGUCAGGGAUGCAGUGUAUGUGUGGGACAGUAUGUGUGUGUAACAGUUGCAGUGUGUGUGUGAAUGUGGGCAAAGUGUGUGUAUGGGGCGGCAGUGUAUGGGGGCAGUGUGUGUGUAUGGGGGCAGUGUGUGUGUAUGGGGGGCAGUAUGUGUGUAUGAGGGCAGUAUGUGUGUAUGAGGGCAGUAUGUGUGCAUGGGGAGGCAGUAUGUGUGCAUGGAGGGCAGUAUGUGUGCAUAGGGGGCAGUAUGUAUACAUGGGGGAGCGAGAGCCCAUGUGUGUAUAGAGGGGGGCAGUAUGUGUGUAUGGGGGGAGCAGUAUAUGUGUGUAUAGGGGCAGUAUGUUUUGUAUAGAGGCAGUAUGUUUGUAGGGGGCAGUAUGUGUGUAUGGGGGAAGCAUGGGGGCAGUAUUAUGUGUAUGGGGGCAGUAUGUAGGGCAACAUGUGUGUGUAUGGGGGCAGUAUGUGUGUGUGUAUGGGGGUAGUAUGUGUGUAUAGAGGCAGUAUAUGUAUGGGGGCAGUAUGUGUAUGGGGAGCAGUAUGUGUGUGUGUAUGGGGGCAGCAUGUGGGGGCAGCCAUAUGUGUAUGGGAGGGCAGUAUGUGUGUGUGUAUGGGGGCAGCAUGUGUAUGGGGGGCAGCAUGUGUGUAUGGGGGGGGCAGUAUGUGUGUAUAGGGGGGCAGUAUGUGUGUGUAUGGGGGGCAACAUGGGGGCAGUAUGUGUGUGUAUGGGGGGCAACAUGUGUGUAUGGGGCAGCAUGGGGGGCAGCAUGUGUGUAUGUAUGGGGGGCAGCAUGGGGGCAGUAUGUAAGUAUAGGGGGGCAGCAUAGGGGGCAGUAUGUGUAUGGGGGCAGUAUGUGUGUGUAUGGGGGGGGCAGCAUGUGUGUGUAUAGGGGGCAGCAUGGGGGUAGUAUGUGUAUGGGGGGGUAGUAUGUGUAUGUAGGGGGGCAGCAUGGGGGGUAGUAUGUGUGUAUGGGGGGUAUUGAAGUAUGUGUGUAUGGGGGUGAGUAUGUGUGUAUGGGGGGGCAGCAUGGGGGGCAAUAUGUGUGUAUGGGGGGGCAGUAUGUGUGUAUGGGGGGGCAGCAUGGGGGGCAAUAUGUGUGUAUGGGGGGGCAGUAUGUGUGUAUGGGGGGAGGCAGUAUGGGGGCUAUGUGUGUGUGUGAUCAGGGUAGGGUGGCUUUUUUUUUUAUAGUAUAAUAUUUUUUUAUUUAAUUAAAAUAAAUAUUAUUCUAUGUCCCCCCUCCCUUCUUACCUUUACUGGGAGGAGGGGGGACAUAUUUCGAUCCCUGGUGGUCCCAGUGGGGAUUCAUUGGUGGUCAGGUGGUCAGAGUGAACUCUAGCCCGCGCUCCCGGGCUAGAGUUCACUCUCGCGAGAUUUGGAGCGUUGCUGUGGUAACCGCGGCAACGCUGCAAAUCUCGCGAGAGGAGGACCCGGAGGAGCUGCAGACCGAGCUCCGGGUCCUCCCUCUCCCUCCCCUGCCGGCUGCCAGCACAGUGUCUGCGGACCGGGGAGGGAGAGCUCUGAUCUCCCCCCCGGUCCGCAGGCACAUUGCAGGGGAGGGAGACCGGCGGAUUUCUCGGGGGGGGCAAUUGCCCCGUUGCCCCCCCCCUGGAUCCGCCAGUGUGUGUGCCAGGGGCUAGUUGCACCCCCACCACGUGUGACUUCUGUUCCGGGCUGCCUAAUGUCAAUUCUGUGCAUAUUUUACAUUUGUCACCAGACUCCACUGCAUGCACAGUGCUGCAUUUAGCUUUCCAGGGGGCAACAAAAAACAUGCCUCCAAACGCACCGGUAGAUGCCUUGUUAGAGCCUUUUCAUUGGGGGGCCAAGAGCUGGCUGCCCGGCUGCCCACCUUAGAACCCCCCUGAGACGGGCUGCCAUGUCUAUUGAAACCAGGCGGCGAUGUGGCGCUCUGUAAUGACGCUGAGAAACAGAACAUGACAUCACUCUGGCUCCCGGCAUUACUAUGCAGUGCACAAGGAUUUUUAGGGCAGCACAAAUCCAAACUACACCGCUAUGCAUGCUGCCGACAGACCUGCUUAGCUACUGCCUGCAAGGGGAAGCGCAUUCUCCACUCCCUCCCUUCAAUUAUUAAGCCUUAACCAUCUCCCCACAUUUCAUUUGCACUUUUUUUUAUUAUAUCCUUCCCCUGUUCACCCCCACUUCCUCCCUUUGCUGGUCCAGAGCACGUGAUGCCCUGACAUCAAAUGGGAGCUUCACCCGGUGCUGGAUUGCAGGUACGUUAUAAAAUCUUUACAGCAUUUCACCAGGGGAAAGCAGUAGUUUUUGGGGUUAAAUCUUUCGAGAAUUGUUUAACCCUGUAAGGUAAGAGAGCACCCAAGGGCCUCCUGGCACCAUAACAACUUCAUUUAGAUGAAGUUGCUAUGGUGACUGGAAUGUUCCUUGGAGAUCCUGUAUGAUCGUAGCCCUCCAAUCUUAAAACAAGGUGUCCUUAAGUAUAUAUGAAUGGCCAUUUCUACUCCACAUCCCAUUUUUUUCCCAGUAGUUAUUGGGUUAAAUGUUUUUAUAUAAGCAUGAUGCUCAUAGUUGCUUUAUUUAGCAUAUUUUAAUAUUUCAAUAGUCAUCUUAUGCUCCAUGACAGCAGUAGUUUUACAGGAUUUAAAGCCAUACAUACUUCAUUGCUACAGAGCUAUGUUGAGCGACUUAUCAGAACGUUUUCUCUUUCCGUUUAAGUUUAUAUAGAUUCGAUGCCCUGCCUAUUGUGUAGACCCGGCCAGCAUACUGGUUAUUUUCAAGCCAGAUGGCUAUACGAUGCCCAGAUAUUUAGUGUCAUGACAGGGACCCUACAUAUAUACCUAUACAUUAAAAAAACAUUGUUCCAGGUCUUGUGUAGAAUGCUGUACUGCCAACUGUAUACCUACCAUUGUUUACCAUGUUAUAUUGCACUACAGCUCUGGGACAAUUGUUCUAAUUUAUAAUCUGUCCUGGAAUAAGAUAUAAAAUGUAAAAAAAAUAGAUAAAAGUGCGACAAAAUGCAAUCUGCAAAAUGUAAAUAUUUAAUGUUUUAAUCCAAAUUCAAAUAAUAACCUGUUGAGGUGUCUGGCACAUUGUCAAAAUUUCUAGGAAUGAUAUAAGUGGGAUGUGUAGUGUUGGACUCUGGAGAAUGGUUUAAUUCUCCCAAACUUUGUCAAGUUUAUACAAGUAAAAAUAUUUAAUGCAUUAUAAACAUAUAUUAUAUACAUUAUGUCCAUAAAAUGGGUGAUAACCCAAACUGAUAUCAUCUGUUUCCAUUGUUACAUUUGGAUAUUUAAAAGCAUGGAACAAGUAUCUAAAAGUAAGGACACAGGAUACACUGUUGCAGGUAAAUGUUUUACAAACAUGUUAUUUGUUAUGACAGCGCAGUAUAAUACAAAUAAUAAAAUAUACAGUUGUGCUCAAAAGUUUGCAUACCCUGGCAGAAAUUGUGAAAUUUUGGCAUUAGUUUUGAAAAUAUGACUGAUCAUGCAAAAAACAUGUCUUUUAUUUAAGGCUAGUGAUCAUAUGAAGCCAUUUAUUAUCGCAUAGUUGUCUGGCUCCUUUUUAAAUCAUAAUGAUAACAUAAAUCACCCAAAUUGCCCUGAUCAAAAGUUUACAUACCAUUGAUUGUUUGGCCUUGUUACAAGCACAUAAGGUAACACACACAGGUUAGAAUGGCAAUUAAAUGUUAAUUUUCCACACCUGUGGCUUUUUAAAUUGCAAUUAGUGUCUGUGUAUAAAUAGUUAAUGCGUUUGUUAGCUUUCACGUAGAUGCACUGAGCAGGCUAAAUACUAAGCCAUGGGGAGCAUAAAAAAAAAAAAAACCUGUGUAACGACCUGCGUAACAAGGUAAUGGAACUUUAUAAAGAUGGAAAAGGAUAUAAAAAGAUAUCCAAAGCUUUGAAAAUGGCAGUCAGUACUGUUCUAUCACUUAUUAAGAAGUGAAAAAUUCCAAGAUCUCUUGAUACCAAGCCAAGGUCAGGUAGAAGAAGAAAGAUUUUAGCCACAAGUGCCAGAAUAAUUUUUCGGGAUACAAAGAAAAACCCACAGGUAACGUCAGGAGAAAUGCAGACUGUUCUAGAAAAAGACGGUGUGGUUGUUUCAAGGAGCACAAUACGAUGAUACAUGAACAAAAAUGAGCUGCAUGGUUGAGUUGCCAGAAAGUAGCCUUUACUGCACCAAUUUAUGUUUGGAGAGGGGUCAACAAGGCCUGUAGUGAAAAUAAUACCAUCCCCACUGUGAACAAUGAUGGUGGCUCGCUGUUGUUUUGUUGGUGUGUGAGCUCUAAAGGCUAGACAAAUUCAGCAUGUUAUCAGAAAAUACUGACAGACAAUUUGCAUUCUUCUGCACGGAUGCUGCACAUGGGACACUCCUGGACUUUCCUGCAUGACAGCAGAAAAAGGUGAGGGUUCUGGAGUGGCCAUCACAGUCUCUUGACCUUAAUAUCAUUGAGCCACUCUAAGUAGAUCUCAAACGUGUGGUUCAUGUAAGACGACCAAAGACUUUGCAUGACCUGGAGGCCUUUUGCCAAGACGAAUGGGCGUCUAUGACACGUGCAAGAAUUAGGGGCCUCUAAACAACUUGUCAGGAUAUGCUGGAACCUGAACACGCAGACAGAAUCACCAAAAGCUAAUCCGUAUACCGGUCCUUAGUUAAUGAACAAGCGAAAUCAGUAACAAGCCGAGGUCAAAAGGAGUAAAGAAGACAGGAAUAUCAUAUAAACAAGCCGAUGUCAAAGGAGUACAGAAGACAGGAUAAAUGUAAGACAAUAGUCAGAAUAUAUCACCAGAAAAUCACAAAAGGAACACGCUAUUGGGCUACCAAAAACCACAACAGGGCAACAAGGAAUGGGAGAGGUAAGUAUAUAGGCAUCACUUAAUUUUGAUUGGUCCAAUUCCAAUUGGAAUUGACCACUAUUCGAGGAAGGUACUUUACCUUCCUAAUCUGACCUCUGAUGUCAUUUAUGUGCGCCAUGUGCAGCGUCUGCUGGAAUGCCAGAGGGGAUCGCGGCACCCAGAGCUGAACCGACCGGUAAGCCAGCAAAAUACCUGACACAACUAUUACAAAGGAUUGCACACUUUCAUUGAUGCUAAAGGGGGCAAUACACAAGAUUAAAGCGGCACUGUCAUGGCCAAAUCCAGUUUGUUUUUUACCCCCUCCUGAUUCCACUAGAUCUAACCCCCUAGUCACCCCCAAAUGCGCCCAAGCCCACCAUAUUACCUAUUUUUUAAACUUUAUUUUAUUCCCUGACCUAGAUCCUGGGUGCAGCCAUCUUUGUGUGGGUAGUUGAAGUCCCUUUUGGACUCGUCAUCUGCCCACACUAGAUAGCGCUGUGAAAUUCCUGCAUAUGCCAAGUUAAUCACUUCGUCUUCGUUAAUCAUAUUGUCUAUUUAUUUAUUCGCCAGAAAGACGAAGGAAUAAAUAGAAAUUUCAGCCAAACAAACACGGAAUAUCGGUGUUCGUUUGUUCGUUCGGUUUAUUACAAGGAGGGAGCUACCGGCACGCAGCUCCCUCCUUGUAAAAUGUAAAAAUAAGAGCGUCAGGGAGCAGUGCACUCCUCCACUUCCUAAGCCCCCCCAUGUCCUCCCUCUCUCUAUGGGGGUCAAUAUGACCCGCAUAUUAGCAUAGGGGAGAUUAAAAUCUCCCGAAUGCCCCUACUCGCUAUGCUGCGAGUAGGGGCAUGUAUACUAAACAGUGAACAGCCUGUGGCUGCUCACUGUUGUAAAAAAACACAUAGUGUCCCAAAUGCAAAUAAACAGUUGACAGGUCUCUACAUUUACCUGUCACAGCACUCGGAUUGGUUGGCUUGGAAUCCAACCAAUCAUAGCGCUCUGAGUCAUUUCACACAGCGUGGGAAAGUUCUUUGGAAUUUUUCCAUGCUGUGUAAUUUGACUCAUAACCGUCUGAUUGGUUGCUUUCAUUUACUUAAUAUUAGCUCUUGGUAGAUAGCUCCUUAAUUCCCACGGUAUCAGGGAACUAUCUACUAAGCGGCUGCAAGAUGCAGCUGCAGCACAGAUUGGAUCGAAAUUUAAUUCAGCCGACCUAAAAAUACCGAAUGUCGUCCUAACAUGAAUGAACAAACUGUUCUCAUUCUGUUAGGACGAAAUUCUGUAGUUUCGCCGGCGUCAUGUCUAACUGACAGGACGUUCAGGAAGACAUCGCAAGAUCAUGGAGAAAAGGUGAGAAUUGUGGGAGAUUGCUCUGACCACGGGAAAUGGAGCAUACUUUGCUCCUCCGCUGGUCAGGCGUAGGAAAAAUACAUUGUCUUAUGUUUUCAAGAAAACUAGAUCAGAUAAGAAGAAACAGAGAACAGAUCCUGAGGGAGGGAGAGAAGAGGAAGCGAUUAAAGAAAGGUAAGUUCGGCCGUUUUAAGAACUAAGGGUAUGCAGACUUUUGAACAGGGGUCAUUUCAUUUUUUUCCUUUGUUGCCAUGUUUUGUUUUAUAAUUUGGCCAUUCUGUUAUAAUCUACAGUUGAAUAUGAAUCCCAUAAGAAAUAAAAGAAAUGUGCUUUGCCUGCUCACUCAUGUUUUCUUUAAAAAUGGUACAUAUAGUACCAAUUCUCAAAGGGUAUGCAGACUUUUGAGCACAACUGUAUAACCAAUGCUAGUGCAAUGAUUAAAUGCACAUGAUCCAGAAAUAAAUCUAUAACAUAAGACAUCAUAAGGAGGGAUCUUUCUAUUUUAGUAUGUUUUAAAUCAAAAAAUCUUGCAACCCCUGGUGCAUAGCUAAAUUGCCUUAUUGUAGUGGUAAACCUGUGAGGAAUUGCCCUGCACAUAACUGGAGGAAUCUACGAGCUUUUCAUCUCCCAUCUGAAAUUAUUUGUCGGUGACCCAUAUGCCCCUACCUGCCACAGUAGCACAUAGGGUCUAAUGCCAUGUAAUGAGUGAUGGGAGUAAGAGAAUCCUUUCUCAGGUGGUCAUUGUAUUACUCCCCCAGCAGGCGGUGCUUAUGCUUGCUAGGGGUGCAUGGGUACGCACUGACACCAUUGUGCUGACAGUGAAGCCAUAAUUUCAGCGUCAGUAUGACGGAUGGGUCUGCUUGGGGACAUGUCCCCAUGCUUGGUUAAUCACAGCAGGUGGGAGGCAGCAAUGCAGGCUCCAUGUUACUGAAACAUCCACAGACCUUGAGAAUGGAGGCACUGGAGAGGAGCUGCAGGUAAGUAAAGAUCUAACAGCUUACAAAGCAUAACUAUAUAGAAUUUAUCCUUAUGAUAAAUCAUAUAUUUAUUGUCUGGGGAGCUGUAACUGUUAGAGUAAACCUGUUAUGACACUAGUAUGUAACAGUACUGGGUAAGUAGUUCUCUGAUCUACUGGUCAGGAAGAUCAUUAGAUCUCCAUGCUGUCUGCAUCCUUCCCAAAUCAUAAUAUAAUGGUGGAUCUAUCUUUCUUCCUCUGUGUUUCUUUGUUGUUGUUGUUUUUUACAUAGGUGGCAUAAUGUUGAUCAACAGAGUUCUAGUUUCAUCGUACUACAGCCCGACAAAGGCUCCUGUGAUAUGGAGACAUAUAUUGUUUCAUCGGCAGAGUUCAAUAAGAUGGAGCCAUGCUGUAACCAGUGCAUAUAAAGCAGUUAUUUUUGAUAUGGGCGGAGUCCUUCUCCCUUCACCUUUUAAAAUGUCAGAAGGUAAGUUUUGAUGUUAAUCUUAAUCACCCACCUAUAUAAUUAUUUUCAUAUACCAUAGUAAAGGACACGAUUAAUUUAGAGUCAAAUUUUAAUGUCCUUUCUUUGUUCCCAGACACACUCCGCAUUAUAAAAAAAAAAAAAAAAAACCUCAUACUUCAUCUCUACCUCUAUUAGGCUUAUUCACUAAGGAAUAACAAGGGAAACUGUUGAAAGUAAAUUUCAACUUUAAGGCCACAGUAACCGAACUGGAUGCAUAGUUGACUUAUAGAAUGUUUCUGAUUUGGCUAUUUUUACCUUCAAUUUGAAAUUCUCUUUAAAGGGACAAUAUAGUCACCAGUCCAACUACAGCUUAUUGAAUUUGUUCUAGUGAGUAGAAUCAUUACCUCCAGGCUUUUUGCUGUAACACUGUCUUUUCAGAGAAAAUGCAGUGUUAACAUUACAGCCUAGUGAUAACUUCACUGGCCACUCCUCAGAUGGCUGUUAGAGAUCCUUCCUGGGUCGUGGCUGCCUAAAAUGCAUCCAAACAUUCAGUAUCUCCUCCCUCUGCAUGCAGACACUGAACUUCCCUUAUAGAGAUUCAUUGAUUCAAUUAAUCUCUAUGAGGAGAUGCUGAUUGGCCAGGGCUGUGUUUGAAUUGUGCUGGCUCUGCCCCUGAUCUGCCUCCUUUUCAGUCUCAACCAAUGCUAUGGAGAAGCAUUGUGGUUGGAUAAGGCCACCACUUCUGAUGAUGUCAGCAGACAGCUUGUUUUUCUGAGGCAAACAGCAUGCAGAGGUACAGCUUUAAUACAAGUAAGAUUUUGCUAUAUUUAUGGAGGCAUGAGGGGCCCAGGGGUGCUAGAUGGUGGUUUUAACACUAUAGGGUCAGGAAUACAUGUUUGUGUUCCUGACCCUAUAGUGUUCCGUUAAGAAAAAAGGAAACAAAAUCUUAAACUGCAGACCACUACUGUGUGUAUUAUAUCAUUCUCUGGAAUGACACCUUAAAGCGGCACUGUCAUGCCGAAUCCCGUUUUUUUUUUUAACCCGCCUCCACUACAUCCAAUUGACCCCCUAGUUAUCCCCAAAUGCCUCUAAGUGCCCCAUAUUACCUAUUUAUUAUUCUUUAUUUUCUGCCCCGAUCUUUAUUCAGUGUGCCGCCAUCUUUGUGUGGGUAGAGGAAGUCCCUGCGGGACACGUCAUCUGCCCACACUAGAUAGGCUGUGAAAUUCCCGCACAUGCCCAGUGAAACACCUGGACAUGCAAACGGGAAUUUCAUCUAUUCAUUCAUUCGUCAGAAAGACGAAUGAGUGAAUAGAAAUAUCAGCCGAACAAACUAACACUGUGUAUCAGUGUUCGUUUGUUCGUUCACUUUAUUCCAAGGAGGGAGCUACCGGCACGCAGCUCCCUCCUUGUGAUAUGUAACUAUAGAAGCGGCAGGGAGCAGUGCUCCCCGCCACUUCCUAAGCCCCCCAGGUCCCCCCUCACUCUAUGGGGGCAAUAUGACCCCCAUAAUAGCAUAAAGGAGAAUAAAAUCUCCCGAAUGCCCCUACUCGCUAUACCGCGAGUAGGGACAUGUCUACUAAACAGUGGAAAUCCAUCCAAUCACAGUGCUCUGUGAUAUUUAACACAGCGUGGGAAAGUUCUUUGGAAUUUUCCCACGCUGUGUAAAAUGACAAAGAGCACUCUGAUUGGCUUAAAACCACCAAUCAGAGUGUUCUGAGCCUAAUUGCAGGGCGGGGCAGGGCUUUAUAAGCCUUCCCCUGCCCUGCAGAGCUCAGUCUGCACGGAGCCCUCCAUGGGUGAAGAAGGAUUAUUUUUUUUGCGCUCUGGUUUUUUCUUUUUCGGCGUUUUUUUUUUUUUUUUUGCGCACAGGUUUUUUCUUUUAUUUUAAGUUCAACGGUUAUGAUGGUAUUUUUUGGGGGGCUGAAAAAUGAAGAUUUUAGAAAAAAGAAGAUGUCGAAUGGUGUUUUAUUUUUUCUUUACAGGUUAGUAAUUUUAUUCCCUCCUCACUAUUUUUUACGGUGAGGGGGGUAGGUAGGGGCCUUUUUAUUUGGUGGGGGGGGUGGGUGACUAGGGGCUUGGGGACCCCUAGUCACCUUUAAUGGGGGGAGGGAAUUUGACUUAGGGCCCCCACCCGCCGCCCAGGGGUGGGGGCCGGGGGGGGAGGACAGUAGGUCCCCCUCCCCCUCAUUAUCAUUAUGGCCCCCACCCACCACCCAGGGGUGGGGCCUGGGGGGAGGACAGUAGGUCCCCCCCCUCAUUAUCAUUAUGGCCCCCACCCGCCGCCCUUCCAAUUGGCUGACCAAUUGACUGACCCACAAGGGAGAUUCAUAUUUGUCAAAGGCACCAUAGGAAAACAAACUUACACCCUGACAAGUAUAUAUAUAGUCCCAACAAUAGGCAGGGAUACUUUCGUAAACAGACGCUCUCCAAAUUGGACACGUCCGAAACAGCCAUCAUUAUCUGACUUUAAUGUUCAUUUGGACACUUCCAGACACCAGACACAUCCUAGGUACCUACAAAAACAACUAUGUAUACAAAUGUUAUAUUCUAAUCACCUAAUGGACUGCUGGAGACUGACUAACCCUACAACUAAUGAGUACACAUUUUUUUCUUAUGUCCGGGACACAUACACCAGACUGGACUCCAUUUUCACUCAUCACAGACACUUACAUCUCGUCCGUAAGGCACACAUAGGCCCGAUCACCUGGUCUUCCCCACUAUAAAUUCCAGGACAACAAUCCGGUGUCAGACACCUCACCUCUAAACAGCUGGGAGGCCCAUAAAUGCGUAAUCAGAAGAACACUUAUUCAAUUAGGCACCAGAAUGAAAAAAAGACAGAGACUCAAAAAUUGCUGCCCUACUCACAAUUAUCCAAGACCUAGAGACACGACACAAAUGGACAAAAAUCUGACUACGCAUUCUCUCGCUUAGACUUAGGAGGGAAGAAUUAUCUCUCCUCUUGAAUCACAAAGCUAAAUGAGCUACCGUAUAUUACUAACUAAACACUCGUUUUAUGCCCAUGGCAAUAGAAGCGGCAAGCUACUGGCUCGUGCACUAAAGUUCGAUAACUCGUGUAUCUCAAAAAUUAAGGACACUCAGGGCACAACACAUUCCCUAACGCAAGACAUUGCUGAAACCUUUCGCCAAUAUUAUGCCUCUCUGUAUAACCUACCUAACCCCACGACAUCCCAACCUGACAGAACACAGCAUAUCCGAAAACAUGUCAAAAACAAGAUACCUAGCUCGGCACAGGCCGCACUGGCUGCGCCAUUCACACAUGACGAAUUAUCACAAGCCAUUAAACUAUUCUUACCGCAAUUAGGACCGCCUUUACUACAAGCGUUGUACAACUCUAUAACUAAAGACAACCCAUUUAGUCCCACAGCCUUAGAAGCCACUAUAAUGUUGAUUCCAAAACCUGACAAGGAUCAUACUGUCUGUGGCAGUUACAGACCGAUAUCAUUGAUUAACAACGAUGUAAAAAUCUUUGCUUGCAUGCUGGCCAACAGGUGGAAGCCCCUUUUGGGAUUGGUACACCCAGAUCAGACAGGCUUCACACCUAGCAGAGAAGCCAAAGACAACACCAUUAAAAUCCUAAAUAUAAUCCAUAAAGCAACCACUACACACACACCCACUUUAUUACUGAGUAUUGACGCAGAAAAAGCCUUUGCUAGAGUGGACUGGUCCCUUCUAUUUGAAGGUAUGAAGGAGAUGGGCUUCGGGGACAGAUGGCAGACUUGGGUUCAUAAAAUCUAUACACACUCACAGGCCAGAGUACAAAUCAGUGGCACGAAAUCUGGCCCCCUGCACAUCCAAAACAGGACUAGACAGGGCUGCCCACUUUCCCCCCUAUUAUUUAUACUAUCUCUCGAACCAUUCUUGAACGCAAUCUGCGACAAUGCAGCCAUUACCGGUGUACAAGGUCACACAUUGCAAUACAAAGUCUCAGCCUACGCUGAUGCUUUAUUGUUCACCAUCACUAAACCGAACAUAUCACUCCCGUCACUGAUGUCUGAGUUGACAAUGUACUCUGACAUCUCCAACUUCAAAGUAAAUUACGAUAAAAAUGAACUCCUCCCACUCACAUCACCGCCUCACGUCAUACACAACCUUAGGGAUCAUUUCCCUUUCAAGAUCACCACCACACACCUUAAAUAUCUUGGGGUAUGCCCGCCAUGCUGACUGGUCGCAUGAGGGAGAGGCUCUUGCGAAACCUGGCCUUUUCGACAGCUAAUCUAGGCUUACAGCCCUUAUCUGAGUCAGAGGGACGUGGGACUGUGCCGGAGCUGAAGUGGGCACAACAGCGGGCUCUGAGACCAGGAGUUUUGGGGGCCCCAUGGGCCACACAAGAUUUUGGAGCUUGCGGCCUUCAUGUGAGAAGGGCGGAAUGGACGGUCGCCACCCUGCCUAACUGCUUGCUGCACCGCUACACAACGGCUCUGUGAUGCACCUCACAGGCCCCUACCCCCCCUUUAGGCCGGAGGGGUUAUCCGAAUUUAAAAUGGCCACCGCACUGCCUCUCCGCACACGGCCAACUGAGAAAUACCUCACCACCUCGAACAUCGCAGGCAACCAGCUAAGGGUCUUACCUGUCCAAGCCACAAGCCAGGCGACUUGACACCCCACAUGUUACACCCCUGGAGGUGAAAAGCGGACGAGUCACACUUCCAGCUCUCGAUCUCCAGCAGGCCACACACAACACCACAUCAAGGCUGGGAAAGGCAAAGGCAGCCGCUGGGCAGGAAAAGAAACGGGAGGAAAUUACACGACCAGCAUGGGGCAUAGUUGAACUGCCUAGUAACACAUUACUCACAGAGACUAUCGACUACUUACCUCAUGAGGAAUCUUGAGCCCAGCGGACAUUCUCUCUAAACAGGGCGGAGGCAGGGAAGCCACAAGCCAGGAAGAUCAAGCAUGCCCCACAGCUUACCACUUACAGCACCCCGAUGGAGCACGACCUGAGGAACGGAAGGACUCGCAUGCGGGGACCCGGUGGAGUUAAAUAGCUUGCUUAUUUCGCUCACGUGUUUAUACUACGUUACAAUUGUUAUAGUUGCUUUAUGAUUUAUCUGUCAGAUAUGUACCAUAUCGUAAUGUGGGGAUCCUCAGCCCAUUGACUGACAUGCCCUGUAACUUAAUUUAGCCUAAGACAAACCACUGCUACUUGUUUCAGCCUAAAGCUCAUAAGCAAAACUUGCAAUGGAUCAGUCUGAAAUAUUCUGUCUAGGAACGUAGUUCUUGCAUUAAUAUACCUUUCAUGUAUUUAGCAUGAUAAAAUAACAAAAAAUAUGCUAUUUAGACGGAAACCCGCUCACGCUCAUGCACCGGUUCCAUUACGCGCAGCUGCUACACUACUACCAUAACCUACCGCACAGAACUAAAAUACACAGGGACCUCACAUGGUAUGAAACACUAUGCUCACAAGCACCGGAAGCGGACGGGACAGUGUCGGCGAUAUACGGAACCUUAAUCACAGGUAAUAGAACGAACAACAACCUGUUCAAACGACAAUGGGAGGAAUGGACGGACACGACUUUCCCAGAUGACCAAUGGGUCAAAAUCCUGAUACUACAACACAAGAGCUCCUCCAGCUCUCACUACCAGGAGGUAAACUUCAAACUACUGACACACUGGUACCGCACACCCUUUGCUCUCAGCCGAUACAUUCCGACUAUACCGAACACCUGCUGGAGAUGCAAUGCGGGUCCCGGAACGCUGCGACACAUAUGGUGGGACUGCACAAUCAUUGAGCCAUACUGGAGGAAGAUCGAACGUGAACUCCAGAACAUUCUGGACGACCCCCCAACCCUGACGAUGGCGGCCGCCCUUCUACACCACACGGAACAACCGCUUGCCUCCUACAAGAAGUCGAUUCUGAGACACCUGCUGAACGCAGCUAAAUUGCUGAUCCCACUACACUGGAAGAAACAAGAACCACCCACGACAGAACAAUGGAAACGCAAGGUGGAAGACAUACGAAUAGCGGAAGCCAAAAUAGCAGAGCUGCUGGAGAGAGAAGAAUGACACACGGAGACCUGGAGGCCUUGGCUGGCAUAUGUAACAUAGAAGGUGACCCCAUACGUCAAACAGGCGAAUACUCCCCCCCCCUUUUUUUCUUUCCCCCCCCCUCUUCUUCUUCUUCUUCUUUUCUAUCUCUCCAAACCUAUAACACAACACAAGGAUCACGGAGACAUAACAACCUGGUAGGUGCUACACCACACCGUAGUACAAACACAGCCGAAGAAACAGCUAUAUACUAAUACACGCUGAUCGGAACAGAAAAGGAAAAUACAACGGCCACACAAAAGCAAACUCAGAUUGAACCAUUAAACAAACAUACCUAGCUCUAGUUCCAGCGCCAUCUGGAAUCCACAGAGGCGAACACGAGCAAUCUAGGCAUGGUCACCCACGAAAGCGGUAUAUACUGCUUGGUGGCCGGCCAUCACAGAAAGCAACCCCAAACGGAGGUAACGACAAACAUACACUAGCUGAAGUAGUGAACAAGGGAAGGGAGACCCAGGACCGUAAGACAAGCCCAACACAAUGUAAAGAUCAACAGCAGCGCACAAAUAUGCCACAGUAUAACGCACAACACUCAAGAAUAAAACGCACGAGACAAAGGACUAAAGAGUUCUGGUAAAACCGCUCAUACCGGACACUCGGACGAUAUCCGACACAGACAGAAGCCCAGAAGGUAGGGGGCUACCGACGCCAGGCGACUGCACCAAUGCACGGAUAGAACACAACGAACCAUGUGAUAGGGACUCCCAUAGCAGAAGGAGAUAGCCCUAACCCCACAGUAAAAGAAACAUCACAUGAUACCAGGGAAUGCAAAACAGGGGGGAAGAAGAAAAGGGGGAGGAAGAGGAGGAGGGAAGCAGGGAAAGGAGAGGGAAGGAGAAGGAAAAGGAACAAGAAGGGAAGGAUGGGAAGAAGGGAACUAGAGGAUGGAGGGGAAGCGGGGAGGGAAGGAGAGAGGAAAGGAAACAAAGGAGAUACGGAAUUUAUAGACACAUGAGGAUAAUAAAGCCUAUAAGUCUCAAGGAAUACUGUGUAAAUGUUAAAUAUUAAAGUAAACUAAAUGUUACUGUACACGAGACCUGCGUGUCUCCCGACUCACUAAUGCAUGUUUGAUUGUAUAUGCUACAGCGAACCUUCACAAAUAAACUCAUAUUUACAAAAAAAAAAUAAAAAAAAAUAUGCUGUUUAAUUGCAUGCCAUAUUGUCUCAAUGUCCAAGAUGAGCCUGUAGUCGCUGUUGUGGCACUGCAAGAUUAUCUGUUCUUACACGCACAAGGAAAAAUAAAGAAUUAAAAAAUAUAUAUAUAUCUUGGGGUAAAAAUGGCUCACAGUGACCAACAACAUGAUGAGAAUACAGACACAUCAGUACACACCUUUGUAUGAGGAAUUGCUGAACCCAUCACUAUACUAAAGCUUGACAAUUGGUUGUGGACAGCAGCUACAGGCAUAUCAUCUUGAAUAGACAUGUUAAAGUACUCCUAAAUGGCAGAGAAUUGAACAGUGAGAUUUUAGAGGCAUAAUCUAAAUACAAAAGCUAUUCCAUUAAGCCAAACUUAUUUUGGUGCCUAUAGUGUAUCAUUAAUAAUAAACAAGAUAAUUACAAAUUGUAACAGGAACAAUCGGGUGUUAGAAACCUGCCUAAAAGAGCUUAAAAAAUAGAGUAUCGGAAAAAAACUCAUACCGGAAUAAAUCUUUUGUUAAGAUUCAGUUUAGGAUGCCUUCACUCAAAUAUUUUUGUUUGUUUGAUUCAGAAUGGGAAAUCAGGAACAAUGUUCCCAUUGGAACAAUAAAACAAGCCAUUACGUCAGGAGGAGACACUGGUCCCUGGAUGAAAUAUAUGAGUGGAGAGUUAACUGCUCAGAGUUUUGUGGAAGAAUUUGGAAAGCAAUGCUCAAAUAUUGUGAGUUUACAGUAUAUUGUUGAAUUUAAUUAGCUUGUUUUCAUUAUUAUUUUUUUUUUUUUGAAGGGCUGUAUAUAUUUAUUUAUUACAUAUCUAAAUUGAGGCAUUAAAACCUUCACUAUCACAUUGUUGUUGCUGUAGCAUAACAUUUAUCUAAAUUGUGACAUUGGUAGCUUGCAUAUACACAUAUUGUAUAGUUUGUUAUAUACCAAAAAAGAAAUACAAUAAAUCUAUGUUAAUUUGUAUAUAAUGUAUUUUUAUCAAUUUGUCCUAUAUGGAAAUAUUAGUGGGAUAAAACAUUUUGGAGAUUCUAUUGUGUCCUUAAAGGAAUACUAUAGUGUUAGAAAUACAAAAUACUAUAGUUCCCUUCUGCCCCUCUCCUCCGCGGCAGUUAAAGUGUUAAAAAAAAACUCUUUAAACAUACUCCUCAUUCCAGUGCUGAAGUCCCUCGGCGCUGGCUCCAUCUCCUCCUCCAUAGACGUCAGCACUGAGGGUGAAUCUGAUGACAGCAUAAGCAGAUAUCCACUAGAGGCAGUCUUAGCCCUGUAAUAUAAACACUGCAGUUUCUCUUAAACUACCAUGUUUUAGAUUGCAUGGUUAAGGGGAUUGGGACUCUGCACCCAGGCCACUUCAGUGAGAUGAAGCGGCCUGUGUGCCUAUAGUGUCCCUUUAAUUUUCCAAUAUUUUAGACAGGUUCUGGAAAAUUUGCAUAAAAGAGGGAUGCAAUUUUGUUACAUACAAUAGAUAGAUAAAUCAGAAAGCCUACUUUUGAUAUUUGUAGGAAACGCAAAUGAUUUUUUAGGAAAACGGCUUCUUAAAAUGAGCCUGGAAGUAAUAAUACAAAACAACAACAAAUAAUUCCCAUAGUAUGUACAGUUAUAGAAAUAAAAAGGUUAAUUACAGUGACUUUCAGCCUGUACUAGCAGUCUUGUGGUAUAGACUAAUUAGUUGCAAUAUUAAAACCACCUGCCUAAGUCCUGCAGCUUGUGAAGUGGGACCUACAUGGAUUGGAUUUGUUGUCCCAGAAUGUCUCCCAGAUCUCAAUCCUAUUGAGCAUCUGUGGGAUGUGUUGGAACAACAAUUCCAAUUUGUGGAGGCCCCAUUUCGCAAUUUGCAAGACUCAAAGGAAUUUUAAAACCACCUACCCAAUAUCCUGUAGGUCCCUCUCAUGCUGCCGCAACAGUGCCUCUGAUGUAUCAAGGCAUAGACUUUACAAGACCGUUGAACGUGUCCUGUGUUAUCUGGCACCAAGAUAUUAAAAGUAGAUCCUUUUAGUCCUGCAAGUUGUAAGGUGGGGCCUCCAUUGGAUUUUUUGUAACAUCCACAUGAAUGCCAGGACCCAAGAAUUCCCGCAUUGCCCAGAGCAUAACACUACCUUCACCGGCCUGACUUCUUCCCAUAGUGCAUCCUGUCCCAGGUAAACAACAGACACGCACCCAGCCAUCCACCUGAUCUAAAAGAAAAUGUGAUUCAUCAGACCAGGCAAUCUUUUUUUCAUUGCUCCAUUCUCCACUUUUGACUAUGGACAGGGGUCAACAUGGGCACUCUGACCGGUCUGUGGCUAUGCAGCCCUAUAUGCAGCAAACUGUGAUACACUGUGUGUUCUGACACCUUUCUAUCAGGGCGAGCAUUAUGUAUUUUAGCAAACUGAGCUACAGUAGCUCUUCUGUGUGAUAGGACCAGACAGGCUAGCUUUCGCUCCCCACGUACAUCAGUAAGCCUUGGGUGCACAUGACCCUGAUGCCAGUUCACCAGUUGUCCUUCCUUGCACCAAUUUUGGUAGGUACAAACCACUGCAUACUUCAAACAUCCCACAAGAUUUGCCGUUUUAGAGAUGCUCUCACCCAGUCUUCUAGCCAUCACUAUUUGGCCCUUGUCAAAGUCACUCAUAUCUUUUCUCUUGCCCAUUUCCUUUUGGCUCCAACACAUGAAAUUCAAGACCUGACUGUUCACUUGCUGCCUGAUAUAUUCAAUUACUAUUGUAAAAAUAUAAUAAAUGUUAUUCAAUUGACAGUAGUUUUAAUGUUUUGGCUGAUCAGUGUACUCUGUGUGUUUAGUACAAUGUCUGUGCCCUGACGUUUCCCUGCCUCUUAUAAUGCAGCUAUAAAAUAUGAACUACUUAAAUUUGCUCUUGUAUGUGAUGAGGAAGAAGGCUGCCAUUUUCAUUUCCUCGGUGGAGAUAGAAGAUAGUAAAAAUUAGCUCUGCCAGAGAAAUUUAUAUACCUGCAGGAUGAAAAUCAGAUGAAGAUAAGGACCAAUCAUGUAACUGGAAAGAAAGAGGAAUUAUAAUAUUCAGUGAGGACAAAUGCAAGAUUAUGCAUUUUGGAAAAAAAAUAAUAUAUAAACAUGUAAUUUGUACUUAAAGGACCACUAUAGGCACCCAGACCACUUCAGCUCAAUGAAGUGGUCUGGGUGCCAGGUUCAUCUAGGGUUAACCCUACAGCUGAAAACAUAGCAGUUUCAGAGAAACUAUGUUUUACUGAUGGUUAAUCCAACCUCUAGUGGCUGUCUAACUGACAGUCGCUAGAGGCGCUUCUGCGAUUAUCACUGUGCGCAGGAGCUGCGCGCGCAUUCAGCCAGUCAAUAGGAAAGCAUUUUCAAUGCUUUCCUAUGGACGCUGGCGUCUUCUCACUGUGAUUUUCACAGUGAGAAGCGCGGAAGCGCGCCUCUAGCUGCUGUCAAUGAGACAGCCACUAGAGGCUGGAUUAACCCUAUAGAAGAAAGGGUUAAUCCUAGCUGGACCUGGCACCCAGACCACUUCAUUAAGCUGAAGUGGUCUGGGUGCCUAUAGUGAUCUUUUAAAUGGAGAUUGUAAUUGUUGAGAUCAAACUUAGUAACAGGGCAGAGGCAGUCAGGGACUGCAGUAGGAAGAGCAAUAGAUAUUAAAGGAUUCUACAGUGUUAGGAAUACACACCUUUUAUUUCCUCCGAUGGGAGACCUAAUGCGCAACGAGUGCAUUAAGCCCUCCCCACAGUAAAGCAUUGGAUCAAUGCUUUCCUAUGAGGACUUCACUGAUGCUGGAUGUCCUCCUUUAGGUGACCUAAAGUCUGGUAAACUCCCGGAAGUGCCUCUAGUGGCUGUCUGGAAAACAGCCACUAGAGGCUGUCUAGUUCUGCAAUGAAAACAUUGCAGUUUCUCAAAACCUGCACUUAUUUACAUUGCAGGACUAAGGAGACAAUGAGAUUAAGUGGUCUGGGUCCCUAUAGUGUCCCUUUGAAGCCAUUGAUUUAAGAGAGUAUUAUUUUGCCUCUUUAUUAAUUUAACGAUAAGAUCCCUCCUCAAAUAUACAGUGUUAUCAUGGACACCAGUUUCCAAAAUGGACAUUAUAGAGCUGGAAAACAUGAUGCAGUACACUGCAGAAUAGGAGGAAUGGAAUAUGUUUGGAGUAUAGUAAGGAUACUUAUUAUCCCUAAACAACUAUGCCCCCUCCUUAGCCAUUCCCUGCCUCUUCAUUCUCUCCCCAUUGUUAGCCAUCCUCACCUGUACAACGUUUGUAAGAUUCUACCUUUGCAUCCAUGCUCCUUUAUCCGUGUCUUCAUUUAUUCAAUAGUGUUACCACUGAUCUGUCUACAUAUACCUCUGAUUAUAACACGUUUUAUCUUUUGCUUACUCAGACAGGAUCCUCCGUUCCAGUUCACAGCUUCCUUUCAGACCUUACAAGCAACAACAUGGUAAAGCAGCUGCCGUGUAUGACUGAGGCUAUCAAGUACAUUAGAUCCAAAGGUCUCAAGACUGCUGUUUUAAGCAAUAACUUCUUUCUACACAAUGGUGAAAGUUUCCUGCCUAUAGACCGCUCACAGUUUGACGUGGUAUGUUGGAAACAAUAAUUAAUAAAGUGAAAUUGCUGAACUAGUAUGGUUUUGUAAUUGUUCUCUUGAUUUUCAGCUUAAUUAAAAUGACCUGACCACAUACCUUAAUAAUGUUAAGCAGAAUGCUGAUUUCUGAUGUAACCGUUUGUUUUUUGGAGUCUUAUGAGCAAAGUGUUUUUUGGUUUUUUUUCAUGGGCAUAAUAGUGUAAAGAAACUGUUGCUUCCAUAUGCCAAAAAAAAAAGCUUGCUGAUCUCUAAAUUAGACAUAUCAUGGCAAGGAGCAAGCUGCAGUUCAAAGUGUGAAGGGAUACAUAGUAACAGCAGCUAAACACAUUUUAUGACUAUAGAUCCUUUCUUUCAAAGGGACACUAUGGUCACCAGAUCCACUACAGCUUAAUGUAGUGAUCCUGAUGUCUGUAGUAUGUCCCAGCAACCUUUACAUUGCUGGCUAGUAACACCCCUAGUGGCAGUCACUCAGAUGGCCACUGGAGAUGCUUCCUGUGUCAGUGCUGCACAGUGUGAUGUACUGGCGUUCAGUGUUUGUAAGCGCUGCUUGGAGACUCUGAACAUUCAGACACAUUGAUUCAAUACAUUUCUAUGAGUAUAUGCUAAUUAAAGCAAUGCUGCAUUUUGUCGUGCAUGCACAAUAGCCUUCCAAUGCUUUCCUAUGGAAAAACAUUGAAUUCACUAAAAUCGCCAAAACUGAUAAUCUCAGCCACAGAGCCGGAGCCAGGCAGGGUCAUCUGCAGUUAGUAAAAGUGGAAUAAGGCAUUGAUUCAUGAGACAAUAGCUACUGAGGUACACUAUAAAGUAUGAAUUAACCAUAUAGUUUCUGUUAUUCCAGGUUGUUGAAUCUUGUAUUGAACAUGUUUGUAAGCCAGACCCUCGAAUUUAUAAGUUGUGUGUGGAGCGAUUGGGUAUCCAGCCACAAGAAUCCAUUUUUCUAGAUGACAUUGGACAGAAUCUGAAAGCUGCUGCAAAGCUUGGAAUUAGCACAAUAAAGGUUGGUGAAAGUUUUGGAACUGACAAUUGUAACAUUAUUUUGUGAGUAUAUUAAGGAAAUUAAUAAUAAUGUUAGCACUGAAGAAUUUUUCACAGAACACGCACCACAAGAACAAAUGCUCAUGGUCUGAAAUUGAAGUGUGAGAAGCUUAGGGACAAUAUUUGUAAGCACUUCUUUAGGAGGUGGUGGAUCCAUGGAAUUCUAUUGAGCAGCUACAGCUGAACUGUCACACAAGUAAUGUGAGACUAUCUCUAAGGUGAAAUAUAAUUGUAUUAACCACAGCUAAUUACGUUGCAAAUAGUUGAACAUUGGAGUGGAAAUGAGGAUUAAACAAAUGUACACUCCAGGUCAAAUGUUAUGCACUUUGAGAAAGGACUUCAUGCCAAAACCAGCUGGUGCAAUAUUAUAGAGAUGGUAGGGAGGAUGCGUUCCAGCAUUAUCCCCUCAUUAUUGACUUCUUCUUUUAAUUUCAUAUUCAGGUAAUAGUUUAACUUACUACAAUGCAGUUAGCAUAGACUGAUACAAUUAGAUUUCAUCUUGCAGAUAUUGUUGCAUUUUAUUUGUGAGUACUAUUUACCGACUUAUAAAAGAUAUGACACUGUAAAAUCUAGAAAAAAUUACAGGAGUAGACUUCCGGUUCAUCCAUCUUAGCUGGCCCCUUUUUUACUCACCUCCUCUCGGGAUAAUUCCAUCUGACUCCAUCCAACGUUUUGGUGCUGUCUGGGGCUGGUGCAAACACUGGGCUCUCCUCCUCACAUCCUCCCCGAUCGACUGGACUCCAUUGGAGGACCCGCUUGGAGGUCUGCUCGCUGCUCCGCACAUCGAGAGUGAAGGCCGGAAGUCAAGGCCUUUGAGAUAGGCCGCAGCUGUUGGGGAAAUAUUACAUCUCUGCUACUCAGAUCCAGCGAGGCUGGGGCUUACGAUCUCCGACGCCAGGGGGCACACAUCACUCGCAGUGGAUACCGCGACAGGUUCCGCAUCACCUCUUAAAGCUGUACCUCAUACUUGCAACUACCCCACCUGUGCAGCCCCUUUAGACCACACGCAGCUGAGUUUCAGCCACACACAUUGCCUCUGAAGGAAGACACACUGACAAGUUGUGGCUGCCAGUGUACUCACAGUCUCUCAGCUCAGACCUUGCUCCAGGUGACCUUGCUCCAUAUUCACAUACCUCAACUCUGAACCCAGCUGCUUAUACGUAUAUACUUAAAUUAGUUAUUAAUUUUUCCCCCCACUAAUUUGCCUCAGGCCUGCGACACUCUAAGGAAGAGUGGCAGGCUGUCACCUCAUUUGAACUGCAUGCAUCAAUACUACCAACAGUGAGACGUCAAAACGAGGAUUUCAGAAUACCUCUUCCCUGUCAUUAUUAUUUCUUCUCUCACUGCACAACAACCUCAGUGAUGCGGCUCUGAUAACUGACAACCACUCUCUGUGUACAUAGUAAGUCUAGCUCACAAAGAGGAAAAGGAGAAGAGGGGAGCGAGAAAUGAAGGAAAGAAAGGGGAAAAAGCCUUCAGACAAGCCGUAAAUGUCCGCUCACAUUCUAUGUACAUACCUCGGUUGACUUUUGUUUUUGUUUUUCAUUAUUGGCUGUCGAAAUAUAUCAAUUGUGGUCGCAUGAUAUCCCUUGCUAUAUUCAAUUAAUAAGUCCCCUGGGCUACUGCAAGAUUGCCAAGUGCCACUCUGAAGAUUCCCACCUCCCCUUCCUUCCUGACAGAAUAAGUCUACCAUCCAUCACACUGAGGAUCCAAACAUAUCCAGACAAGAAUACAAAUGCAUACUUUCUCAUUUUUGUUGCAUUUAUCAUUUGUUUUUUGUUUUUUUCACCUCUUACCACUGGCUGAAAUCUAUUUGCCAAGGUCUUCACAGACCCUCUUCACUACUACUUCAGAGCUUCUGGAAAUCUUUACUUACAGCUUAUCACAAGUGGGUUCAACUCAUCAACGGCCAUAGCUCCUCCUCACAAGUACUGUAAAUACCUUGGUUGAAUAUUUUUUCUCUUUUCCUCCCCCCCCCCCUUAAUUAUCAACCACCACUGCGAUAUACCAUUCACCUCGUCUGUGGAAGAGAAAGAUACUUUUAUUAUUAUUUUAUUAUUUAUAUAGGGCCAUCAGAUUCCGUAGCGCUGUACAAUGGGUGGACUAACAGACAUGUAAUUGUAACCAGAUAACUCAACGUACAGGAACAGAGAGGUGGAAGGCCCUGCUCAAUGAGCUUACAUGCUAGAGGUAGUGACACAAAGGGUAAAAGUAGGGGUACGAAGUGGGUUAUUAGAAAAGUAUUAAUUGAGGGCUUAGUAGGUAAUUUUUGACCGUUGCAGGAGAGGAGUGGGUAUAAGAACCUGCUAACAGUUUAAUUGAUAUGCUUUCUUGAAGAAGUGAGUUUUCAAUUAUUUUUUGAAUGAGUGGAGACUGGGUGAAAUUCUUACGGAGAAGGGAAGGGAGUUCCACAGAAGAGGUGCAGCCCUGGAGAAAUCUUGGAGGCGAGCAUCAGAGAUGGGAGUACAGACAGAAGAAAUAAGUAGGUCUUUUGCAGAACGUAGGGGUCUUGACGGGACGUACUUGUGUAUUAGGGAAGAUAGGUAGGUUGGAGCAGCAUUAUGUAGGGUCUUGUAAGCAAGCACCAGAAUUUUAAAUUGAGCCCUAUGUCUAACUGGAAGUCAAUGCAGGGACUGACAGAGCGGGGAGGCGUGGGAGGUGCGAACGGACAAGAAAAUGAACCUCGCCGCCGCAUUCAUUAUAGAUUGCAUCGGUGCAAUCUGGGAACAUGUAAGAUCAUUGAGAUAUUGCAGUAGUCAAGGCGAGAGAGAACAAGAGCAUGGACCAGAACCUUAGCUGGUAGUAGUAACACUUGAGGAAGAAAAGACCAAAAGUUCUGUUUUGAACAGGUUGAGUUUAAGGAAGUGAGCAGCCAUCCAGUUGGAGAUCGAAGAGAGGCAGUCAGAGACACAAUGGGCGGAGAGAGAUCAGGAGAGGACAGGUAGAUUUGCGUGUCAUCCGCAUAGAAAUGAUAACGGAAGCUAAAGGAGCUGAUGACUUUACCAAGGGAGGCAGUAUAUAUAGAGAACAGUAGGGGACCAAGGACAGAAUCUUGGGGAAUGCUGACAGAGAGUGGUUGGGGGGGAAGAGGCAGAGUCACUGAAAGAGCGCUGGGAGAGGUAGGAGGAGCACCAGGAGAGAGCAGUAUCCCGUAGACCAAAAUUACAGAGAAUGCAAAGAAGCUGUUGACAAUCAACAGUGUCAAAGGCAGCAGAAAGAUCAAGAAGAAUUAGGAUAGAGUAUUGGCCGCGAGAUUUAGCAGCAAUUAAAUCGUUGGAUACUUUGGUCUCAGCCGUUUCAACAGAAUGACCAGCGGAAUCCAGACUGAAGGGGGUCAAGAGGAGAGAAAGAGCCAGGCUGUAGGAGUGCAGCAUAAAUUUAUAGUGGAUAAAGUCAGAUGCAAAGUGAGACUUUCUCCAGCAGCGUUCAGCAGAUCUAGAACAAUUUUGGAGGUAACGUGUCAGCUUGGUGUGCCAGGGUUGUAAGAGGGGGCGCUUGCUGAGUUUAAUUGUAGGAGGUGCCAUGAUGUCGAGUUGAGAGGAGAGAGUUGAGUUGUAGAGUGAGGUUGCAGAGUUAGGGCAAGUUAGAUUUGAGAUGGGUAAAAGGAGAGUUUGGUAUUUGGAGAAAUGCUGGAGAUCAAGGCAGUUGAGGUUUCUGCGACAUUGGAGAGUUGAGGGUGGUAACAUUUGGGCAUGGGGUAUUCUGAUGUCAAAUGUUAGCAGAUGGUGGUCAGACAAAGGAAAUGGAACAGUGGAGAGAUUAGAGGUGGUACAGAGAUUGGUGAAGAUGAGGUCAAGAGUGUUUCCUGCUGUAUGAGUUGCUGAAGUAGACAACUGCGUGAGGCCAAAGGAGGAGGUUACAGAGAGCAGACGGGAGGCAUCAGGGCAGUUGAGGUUGUUGAUUGGGAUGUUAAAGUCUCCAAGUAUGAGGGAGGGAGUGCUAGAGGAGAGAAAGUGGGGUAGCCAGGAAGAAAUGUGUUCAAUGAAUAGCCUAGGAUGACCGGGAGGGCGAUAGAUGAUGGCAAUUCUUCAAGGAGUGGGCUUAAAAAGGCAGACAGUGUGAACUUCAAAGGAAGUAAAGGAAAGGGCAGAUGAAGGGAGGAUAGGUUGAAAGGUACAUUGAGGGGAGAGAAGCAUGCCUACAUCGCCUCCUUUACUGUCGAGUCUGGGAGUGUGGGAGAAUUGUAGUCCACCGACUACACCAACAUAAAGAAGCGGGAGUAGCGGUAUCAGAGGGGGACAGCCAGGUCUCAGUGAGUGCCAGUAUUUUGAGUGAGUUAGAAAUAACAAGGUCGUGUAUAGCUGUUGAUUUAAUAUUACUACAGAUUGAACGGGCGUUCCAGAGUGCACACUGAAUUUUUGUAAAGGAGGAUAAACUGCAUGUGGAUGAGGUUUGUGUGGUUUUUGGUUGUCUUAGUGUGAGCAGACGAGGUGAAGGGCUCCGGGUUGGGUGAGACAUCACCAGCUGCUAGAAGUAGGAGGAGAGAUAGUGACAGGAGGUGUGAAUGGGUUUUAUAUGACCGGGGUCUAGGAUGAGUUUGAGUUAGAGCAGAGAGAGAAUAGAGAAAUGAGUGCAGGACUUGAGAUGAGAGAUGGGGGGGAGUGAAUCAGAAAGGAAUAAAUGUUAAUGUAAUUGUGUUGUUGAGGGAAGUGGGUGUAAGGUUUGUAAUUUGGGGUUGGGGGUUGGCAUUUUUUAUUUAAUUUUUUUUUUUAAAUUAAUUGUUUUUUAGUACCCCAUCCCUGCUUCUUACUUGGCCAGGGAGGGGGGAUAUGGCAUUCCCUGGUUGUCCGGUGGCAUGGUCUGUACAGUGGGGGCCCACAGCAAGCUCUUACUUACCUUCCCAGCAGCUCCCUUCAUAUUGACGAAAAUACUGAAUAUCGGCCGAUAAUAUCAGCCAGACCAAUAAUCGGUCGAUCCCUAAUACACACACAGAUAUACACACACACAAACAUAAACGUACAUAUAGUAAAGAACAAGCAAGCCCAGGUAUGUUACAAUGACAAAGAAAUAGUGGUUAAAGAUACAUUGUAUAAAAAAUACACAAGUAGUUAAAGUACUAUAAAAUGAUAGCGUCUAGUAUUAACGGUUGCUAGUGUCCUCCAUUGUCUACCUUGCAUAAGGCACUGGAUAUUUACUGGGUCUUGGAGACUGAUCAAGACACCAUUAAAUAUUUCUAACAGUUAUCACCCCUAACUGUACUCAUUACCUAUCUCCGUUCACAACAUCUUUCUUCUCUACUCUUCGCACUCACUCACUAACACUCUCUCAGUUGCUGGGCCAUAUACCUCCACACAUACCACAAACUCAAACUGAUCUUUCUCUUCACAACACAACACUACUUACAGUCACUUCCUCACUCCCUCCACUUCCUUCACAUUCCUAUAGCAAGAUUGACUUUUUUUCUUUUAUACUAACACCCCUUGUCUGCUCUAAUUUCCCUCCUCAUCUCCGUUAUGGAUAAAUACAUUGAUAAAUCCUCCUCUAAACGACAUAGCAGCAAACCUCAAAGAUCUGCCAAGAAACAACACCUCAGAGAAUCCUCACGACCAUCCAAACCGGCCAUUUCCCCUACUGGCUGUGCUAUGGAUGGGGAUCUCACCUCACCCCUCACUGCAUCUACUCUCAUCUCACAGCAAGCCUCAGAAGCAGCCCGUGAGGUUUCUAAUAUCCUCAAACUGAUCUUUGAUUCCCAAUUCAAGGACCUUAAAGUAUCUAUUGAUAAUGCAGUCCAUUUACUCCAAUCCCAUUCUACUCAAGUUACUCUACUAGAAGGGGCGGGGCCGGACCACCAAGCAGAGUAGACGCAUGGUACUCUAGCUCCUGCAAUUCACAGGCAAUUUGGUCCCAAAACACAACUUCUCGCGGUGAGACACGGCAGGCAACUGCACUAUGAGGUGCUAGCGAGAUCAGUCAGCGACCUGAUUCUUGGCCCCUUUUGGGGAGAAAACGGAGCUCCGUGACCAAGGCCUAGUCAAGCCUACCCAGGUGGUGAGUAGGGUGGACGGCCUCCGCCCUGCUAUCCUGCCUGACUGCACCCUGGGGGUCCCCUAAUGCAAUAGGGUGAUGGCCCUGCUUCCCCCCCUUGGGCCGGUGGGGCUCAUCCUGGCCUACCCUGGGGUUCUACUCUGAUCGGAAACCACGCCUAACACCUAAGAUGGCGGCUGAGCCUGACCGGCAUGCUAUAGAGAGGGCGACCCGCCCCUCAGGGCUCUUGGCGCUCACAACGGGCAACUCUGGGAGAAAUCGUAUGAGCAACUUACCUAUCCUGAGACCCGACAUGGGGUGCUACCAAUCGACACUGAGGACCUUGUGCGGAGAUCAGCUGACUGGCAAAUCCCGAGGUAAUCAGGCUGCAAGCUACGGUCCCACGAUGCUGAGAAACACAACCGAUAUCAGCGGAUCACCACGAAGACCCUGCACAUAUCAAGCUCCCAACCGCAAACGGAUGAUACCACAAAAUCAGGGAAGUGUUCGCAGAUGGAGCUGAGAAGCAAAGGACUGUAACCUGCCAGUGAUGGGAGUUGGCUGCUCUCUGCAUGAGGACUGGGGUUGCCUACUCCCUGACUCCUGGGUAUCAACUAUCAGGGUCACAUUUACCUUUCCACUGAGAAGAGAGUCUCUGUUCGGGGGCCCAGGGUUCUUUAAUCACUGUGGCAUUAAUCUACCCACUUUUUAUGCAAACACUAGCCAUGCCAUUUUGCCUAGCAUACUUGUCUUUCUCACCUAACUUACUUUAACUAUUAUUUCCUUUUUUUGCUUUCAUCUCCUUUUCUCAAGCCUGCUGUCAGGAAGCAAAGUGCACAUAUUGUCUCUCAGUUGAUUCCCUAUAGGCAGAUAUGAUGUCUUGUUGUAGGCUACCACUAGUUUGUACAUCCACCUACAUGCAUGUCCUACUGUCUGUCAUUUAACUACCAAGCCUAGAGCAGGAUUUAUCAUAACCUGUCACUGACAGUGUUGUAGAUAAUUUACUGCAAACCAAUUAGUUUGAAUGACUAUCUGUUCCUGUCCAAAUUAAAGAUAAUAAAGUUGCGUGCACGCAGAAGUAAAUUCACACUGAGACACAAAGUUCAGGUUAAUGAAAGAACUUCGGAGAAGUUUAAUGGCUUCUGACAGAAAAUGGGUGCGCAGACCCUUUUAAAGGCAUUAUUACAUCACUGAAGAAUUCAAGAUAACAGCAAAUAGACACUAUUGAUUGGUCCAGGUGUUAAGUGGUUAGUUAGAUACCCUCCUAUCAAGAGGUGAUGUCAUCCUUGACACGGGAGUGGACACAAGAUGUAGGCGCCAUCUUGUUAGCACGAGGUGUUCACUCGAUGGGAGGGGUGCUUUGGCAGCCAUUUUGAGUAGUUAGUAUUGUUAGCUUCUCAAGGUUAGGUUUCAAGGCUUUUAGUAAAUACACAUUUUAUCAAAGCUAUUUCUUGCUGACAUGCAAAUUCUAUGUUCUAUAGACAAAGCUUUCUUGUAAAACUAUGGGGCCUCUUAGAGGUAUAGCAAGAGGAUUUAAAGGGGCCUUACAGAUUUAUAGAGGCCUAAUAAUUCUACAACAACAGUAUAGAUUGCACAGCAUCAGAUUCAGUAUAAGCACCCUGACAGAUAAGCGAGACUAGCCUGCAAAAGCCUGUAUGUUAUUCCCUGUUUAUAUUGAGCUCAAUUACUCAGCUAAUAUAACUAAACGAAAUGAACAUGCUAUGUAUAUGCCUCAAUAAUUAAAAUUUUGCCUAUUAAUUUACAGAUUUUACUAUUAACAUGACGUAAAGUCAUGAUUUUAUUAAUGACACGGAGGCUCCUAUUAUGCUGCAUUCUUUCUUUAUUUACCUCAGCAGCACAGAAAAAUAACAUUAAAUCAGUAUAGAAUAAACCAGUAAAUAACAUGAGGUAUAUCUUCCUAGCAACAGGAAAAGCCAAUCAGUAUCCUCUUUAUAGCAUAAUAGGCAGUGUCCAGUAUACUACUUCCUCUUUCUUGCGAUCCCGAACAAGGACAACAAAUCCAAAUAAAAAGUGGGCUCCAAUAAGAGGGUAUACGAGCCUUAAAGGAACACUAUAGUCACCUAAAUUACUUUAGCUAAAUAAAGCAGUUUUAGUGUAUAGAUCAUUCCCCUGCAAUUUCACUGCUCAAUUCACUGUCAUUUAGGAGUUAAAUCACUUUGUUUCUGUUUAUGCAGCCCUAGCCACACCUCCCCUGGCUAUGAUUGACAGAGCCUGCAUGAAAAAAAAACUGGUUUCACUUUCAAACAGAUGUAAUUUACCUUAAAUAAUUGUAUCUCAAUCUCUAAAUUGAACUUUAAUCACAUACAGGAGGCUCUUGCAGGGUCUAGCAAGCUAUUAACAUAGCAGGGGAUAAGAAAAUCUUAAUUAAACAGAACUUGCAAUAAAGAAAGCCUAUACAGGGCUCUCUUUACAGGAAGUGUUUAUGGAAGACUGUGCAAGUCACAUGCAGGGAGGUGUGACUAGGGUUCAUAAACAAAGGGAUUUAACUCCUAAAUGGAAGAGGAUUGAGCAGUGCGGCUUCAGGGGCAUGUUCUAUACACCAAAACUGCUUCAUUAAGCUAAAGUUGUUCAGGUGACUAUAGUGUCCCUUUAAACUGGAUCUCGAAGUCAAGCUGGAAGAGAAAGGAUAAUAUGGUAAUAUCCAAGUAUAAAACUGGAUUUAUGCAUAAAUUCGCAUUACAUGGAAUAUCAGAUAUAUAUACAUAACAUGAAAUUCAGUUUAGUAAAACCUUAAGCUCUUGACAGUCAUUGACAAGGAUAAAACCCGGUAAUCAAAAAAGACUUACCUUGAAGUCAACUUACCUAGAGAAGACCAAACCUCCAGGGAUGGAAGGGAGGAUAAUACUCGCCUCCGUGUCAUUAAUAAAAUCAUGACUUUACAUCAUGUUAAUAGUAAAAUCUGUUACUUUUAUUAAGACACAGAGGCUCCUAUUAUGCUAGUUCAAAGCUGUGAAAUUGUGUCUCCUUUGAAGUGUUGAAUAGGUCUGAAGUAGAAAUCAUGGAAUGUAGAAUGUAGACUCCGAAGACCAGCCGCUCUCAUAAUAUCCUCCAAGCGACAACCAAUCGAGGAAGCCUUAGAAGCCAUUGCCCCACGAACCGAAUGAGGCACACACACAUAGGUAUCAAUACCUGCUAGAGACAUAACGUAUUUGACCCACCAGGCUAGAGUAGACACCGGAAGAUGCGACUUUUGGAAGGAGAUGAAGAGUUCCUGUUUCAAAGGAUUCCGUAACGUAGUGGAACGAUGUUUACACACCCAUUAGUAUGCAACAGGGCAAAGGAGAGAUCUAUAAGGGAAAGCUGGGUAAAAUUGAUUUUAGAGGAGAUUUUUGUCCUCCGUGAAAUGUCAAAGAGGACACCUUCUGGAAUAAAGGAACGAGCAACCACCUCAAGAGCUCGUACAUCAGAAAAACCUCUUGCAAGAAAAAAAUUCAAGACAAUAGAGACGUCCCACAAGACAGAGUAUAAUGGUAAGGGUAAUGAGCAAACCAUAUUCCUCAGAGAAGUCAACCGACAGGCGUCCAAUAGAAACUUUGAUGGCCAGCAGAAAUGGACGAUCGGUAAGGUCCACAGUGCGAUAGGCUGUACUUUCAUCAUAGAAGUCAGAAAAAUGGAGGACAGACAUAAAAGGAGCCGAUAUGGGAUUUAAAUUUAAUUUCAUGCACCAACUAUGCCAUCUGCUCCAAGCAGAUUUAUAAGCCUGUCUCGUGUUGGGUGCACCCUUGAUAAGUUGGGGAGUUGAUUGCGAAACUCCCUUGACCGACCAAGGUUCCCUGAAAUAGACUACACUAUGAGAUGCAAGAGACCUUGGAGAACAAGGGGAUGAGGUACACCAUCUGGAUCCUGAAGAAGGCACUCGAGAGAUGGAAGGUCGAUAACCAUCUCCUGAAUAGGAGAGAACUAUAGUUGGGAUGGCAAUAGAGGAGACACAAUCACCAGGUGCCGGACUGGCGAUGUAGAUGGAAAGGCAACAGGGAAUCAGUGCAAAGGGCAGAAAAUCAUAAUUCCUUGGACAAAACAUUCAUAGCCAGUGCUAUCGGAUCUGGUCUCCAACUGAAAAAACAGGGAAGUUGAGCAUUCAAACGAGAAGCAAAAAAUAUCUCCCCAUAGGUUCCAGGUGUCUUGGAAGACCAUGGAAUCCAAGUGCCAGUCGCUGGAAUCUCUGAGUUGGUGUGAAUACCAGUCUGCCGUAGUGUUGGAGAGACCUUGAAUAUAUUCUGCCGUGACUGAAAUGCCGUGUAUCAGGUAAAAUUGCCAGAAAUCACGAAGCAUGUAGGUCAGAAUGUUGUAUUUUGUGCCUCCAAGUGAUUUAUGUAGCGGACUGCUGACACGUUGUCCAUCUUCAGAAGGAUGGCGCAUUGAGCUUGAGUUGGGGAGAAACUGUGGACUUCAAAGGAACCGGCCAGAUGUUCCAAACAAAUCAUGUGGAGUGUCGAUUCCAGGUUUGAUUAUCUGCCCUUGGUGGAAAUAUUUCCGCAUUGAGCACCCCAACCGUGCAAACUUGCGUCGGAUUUGAUUAUCAAAUCUGGAGCUGUACAAAAUAUAGUGCACUCAUUCCAAGCUUCCAUGUGAAGAAGCCACCAUUGGAGUUCAUCCUCCGCUUCUGAGUCCAGAGUUUUUUUGCCACCGGAAGGGUAGGGUAGAAUCUACAAUAAUCCAAUAUAACCCAGAAAUUAGAUUUGUUGCGUGGGAACGAUAAUGGAUUUCUCCCAAUUGAUCAGGAAGCCUAGGUUCUCUAACAGAGUCAAAGUCCAUGCAAGGUAUGUCCAGAUUAAUUGAAUAGACUGAGCCAGAAUGAAAAUGCUGUCUAAAUAUAUUAUAAGACGUGAGCUUGGUGAAGCACCAUGGAGCCGAAGACAGUCCAAAUGGGAGGCACCUGAACCUCUAUUUACUGCCCUACCAUGUAAAUUGCAGGAAGUUCUCGAUGUUGUACUGCGAUAGGCACUGUGAGAUAUGCAUUGCAGAUCCAAUUUGGCCAUCCAAUCUGCUGGUUGGAGAAGAUACCUUAAACAAUGCCCUCCUUCCAUCUUGGAAGUUAUGAUAUGCUCAUAACUAUUGAGCUGUCUCAUAUUUAUCACUGGACGGAUACCUAUGCCUUUUUUGGGAAACAAGAAAAGGUUGCUCACUUAACCCAGGGUAUGGGCCAGAAUCUCUACGAUUGAUUGUCCACGGAGACAAGGUCUGUGUCUCAUUGGGAAAAAACUAUUUCCCUCGAUGGGGAACAUUGAACAGUUAGAGAAAGGAAGUCUAUGCAAUACCCUUUCACAGUGUGAAGAACCUAAGCAUCUGAUGAAAUGAGGGACCAUACAUGGGAAAAAUGUGUGAGCCUGCCACCCACUAUCAGUGAGGAAGAAUGGAAAUUGUGAAGACUUCUUAGGAGCACCUCUUAGGCCACUAACAACCCAGGGUCGACCACUGUGUGGGAAGGAGGUUGGUAUAGUGCAUUGUUCAAAGAAAUCGGCUCGGCAAGUAUAAGAGCCUUGGUUCUGUCUAAGAGAACUUCUGUUUGUUUAGCCGGACAAAGGAGCCCAAUUCUUUUACAAAGUUGUCCCCAAAGAGAAAACCUUUGCCUGUGUUAUCUGGCUCGUUCAGAGCCAUAGUUAAACGUUUGUGCUUUUAUUUUAAGCAAGAUCGAUUAGUGGCAUUCUGUGACAACUGCAUUGUUGGCGUUGCCAACUUAAAUCACUCUCUGGAUCUAACCACUUAAGAUGGCGCAAUCUAAUUCUAGAUCAUCCUCUACUGCUUCAAAGAUCUUGGCUGCUGAGUCCAAGAUGCCCAGUAUUUUAUCCUGACAGUUUUGCAAUGAAAAUCUAAGCCUUUAGUGGGCUUCCAUCCUGUCUUACUCGGGAAUUGAAUGAUGUUAGGAUCGUCUGAUAGCGUGUUACAUGAGUCAUCAGGGACUGUUCGGCGUGGCCAUUCAGCCCGCAAUUUAUUUCACUUUGCCUUCUCAAAAGGCUUGCGUACUCUGGAUGCAAUAUACUUGGCUACAUGGUCUGAGGAGACCACUGAGUGACAUAGGUCGUCAGAUUUGAAUAGCGGUUCACAUUGAGUGUCCAAGAUCCUAUCAGUGUCCCUGAGUCUGCAUAAUCUACCUAAAUCUUGGUAGGUUUAACAGGACGUGUAUCCCAAACGGCAAAAUUUCAUAAUCAGAAUCAGAAAUAUCCUCUGAAUCCUCCAUAUAGGACUCAGGGAACUCCUCCUCAAUAUCACUGAGCUCAGAUUCAGAGUUCAGUUGGGCAUUUGCCCUUUUCCAAAGUCUAGUCGAUUUUGCCCGACUAGUAGCUCUUUUGCGCGGUGGUAAAUUAAUCGCGCCAUCCGUGACAGGUAUGGUAUUGUCCAUCUCUAUUGUUUUGGAGGAGUGUUUAGCCUUAUAUGAGGCUUUGCAGCCAGGCUGAAGCAGAGCAGGUGUGAGUACAAGUACACCUCCAUAUAGUAUUCAGGGAACCCCUCCUCAAUAUCCCUGAGCUCAGAUUCAGAGUUCAAUUGGGCUUUUGCCCUUUGUCAAAGUCUAGUCGAUUUUGCCCGACUAGUAGCUCUUUUGCGCGGUGGUAAAUUAAUCGCGCCAUCCGUGACAAUUAUGGUACUGUCCAGCUCUAUUGUUUUGGAGGAGUGUUUAGCCUUAUAUGAGGCCUUGCUGCCAGACUGAAGCAGAGCAAGUGUGAGUACAGGUAUACCUCCAUAUAGAACUCGGGAAACUCCUCCUCAAUAUUACUGAGCUCGGAUUUAGAGUUCAAUUGGUCUUUUGCCCUUUGUCAAAGUCUAGUCAAUUUUGCCCGACUAGUAGCUCUUUUGCGCGGUGGUAAAUUAAUCGCGCCAUCCGUGACAGGUAUGGUACUGUCCAUCUCUAUUGUUUUGGAGGAGUGUUUAGCCUUAUAUGAGACCUUGUGGCCUGACACCAGGGCCUUGUCAUUGCUUUUGCCAUGGAAGUGUCAAUUAAAGCCUGCAUGUCAGCAGGAUCAGUAAAGCAGAAAUUCAGCCUCAUCUCCAGAGAUACCUGGAGAGGCUUCUACAUUAAUCUGCAUGUUUGCUGUAGACCCAGAAGGCACAGAAAGAUCCUGUCAGACUGCAUCAUAAAUAUACAAACAAACCUAAAGGGAUGAAUAACGUAAAAUAAUACAAAAAGGAAAGGGUUGAGUAACCCUCAAGUAAAAAAUAAAUAACUAAACAGGAUAAAGAAAUGAAAGUACUCACAAUAGUGAAAAAAUAGCAAUUGUAAUAUAAAAACAAAGGAGCUACCCGGCUGCCACUAUAACUAAACCCCAACUUGGAUUUCUGGCAGUUGGUGGCAGAGCAGCAGCCAGACAGAUGAAUGAAUGGAAAAAACAGCACAUUGGGACUAUUCAGGGGAUAAAUAUCCUCAAAGAGGCCCCUGAGCCCCAAUUGAUGGUAAUCUUGGGGACAGGGAGGUCAGAGGGGAAAUAAAUUAUCAAAGGAUAUACAAUAAAGCAUAUCACUGAAGCAAAUGAAGUAAAUAAAUCAAAUUAAGUUAAAAUGUAUUGACUAAAUAUAUUUAUAAACAUGAAAAUAUAAUUAAAAUGUAAUAACUAUAAUAACUAUAUUAAGCACAGUAAUGAUAUGAAUAAAGUAAAGUAAAAGAUCCCACAGUUAAGAACCAUGGUACCCAGUGUCACUUUACUGAGGUAGCAGCAAAGAAAGAGGAAGUAGUAUACUGGACACUGCCUAUUAUGCUAUAAAGAGGAUGCUGAUUGGCUGUUCCUGUUGCUAGGAAGAUAUACCUCAUGUUAUUUACUGGUUUCUUCUAUACUGAUUUAAUGUUAUUUUUCUUUGCUGCUGAGGUAAAUAAAGAAAGAGUGCAGCAUAAUAGGAGCCUCCGUGUCUUAAUAAAAUCUUGUUUCUGUGCUAACACAUACCAAGCGAGGUCUUUAUCGUUACUUGUCUUAUACCUGCAUCUAUUUUUACUCAUGUGACUUCUAUAUAGACAAACACAAUUAGCCUGUGUAUUAAAAUACUUAAAAACGGUGCCACUUUCUCAUGCCAUGUAUAUGCUCUACAUUGUUAUCACUGUUUGCUUAUGCAGUCGUGGCAUCGUGAACCUCUGUAUUAUUUUGUGCACAGAAAAAAUAAAGAAUUAAAAAAGAAAAUUACUCUACUAGAAACCAGACAAAGCACAACUGAAGACGAACUAUACCAACUACAAUCAACAAUAAGAAGACAAAAUGAUACCUUAACAUACAGGAUAAAUUAGAUGAACUUGAGAACCGGGGUAGGAGAAACAAUCCAAGAUUUGUAAGCUUCAUUGAAUCUUUGAGCUUGGCUGACAUUCUCUCUACUCUUUAAAGCUUGCUACAAGAUAUUUAAAGCUGAGCACCUCUACUCCUAUUGUUAUUGAACGGGCAUACAGAUUAGGCUCUGAACGGCCCGGUGACACCACCAAGUCACAACCAAUAAUAGGAAAAUUCCUAAACUUUAAUGACACUGUUCACAUCCUUACAGCUUAUCAACAACUUCCCCAACUUACCUAUCAAAACAAAAGAAUACUCCUUUUCAAGGAUUACUCUGCACAAGUUACACAGAAGAAAAGAGCCUUCACGCCCAGCUGCUCAGAGUUACACAGGACAGGCAUAAGAUUUGCUUUGUUGUACACAUAGCAAAUCACACUUUGUCUUGCUCUUCAGCAUCAGAGGCCAUCACCUCUCUCUGGAAUGUUCUCCCAUAUUGGGGGGCACCAUCACCAGGCCCUUCAGCCAGAUCCUUGCCACACAAGGAGGAGAGAAAAACCUCCUCAACCUCAUGCUUCUUGGUUCAUCUACCUGUAUAUAGUUCGGGCCAUUUGGCAUUCUAAUCACUAGGUUACGUCAGACUCCUUGCUUGCCGCUAACUCUGGGAUUUUCCAUCCACUUGAGCUGGGACGGACGGAGUCCCCUGCCAUGCUACCAAUCUCUGUUUUACCACUUCCUUGCCGAGGUAUCGGCUAACUUAUCAAUGUCUUCUGCUCCAAGGACAAUCUCUACUUCCUCCAUCAAAUUCUUAUCCUGGAAUGUUGAAGCAGCCUACCGUCCCCUCCACAUACUAGACACUGGCGCUUCCCUGCAAAUCUCACGUGUCAGCCAUCAUUCCAGACUCACAGACUCACUGGGCGAACUUCCUAGAUGACAGUCUAGAACAUACAGAAGAGACAAAAUUACUCUUGGAGACGUCCAGGGCUGGACUGGGAAUACAAAGCAGCCCUGGAAAAAAAUCUAUCCCAGCCCCAUAAGUCAUUGCACCAUGUAUUGUCACAUGUAAUAUGUAAGGCUAUUGUAACGGAGCUCCCUGUACCCCAACUGGGUGCCUCCACCAAGGACUGCUUCCUAGCUGGAACAGGGGACAAACCAAAGCACGUCUGCCCACAGUCACCGUGGCUUGACUGGGGUCCUGGAGUGCAAGAUGGAAUACCUUUAUUGGCAGCCACAACUGGCUUUAUAUGCAGGGCCCCAUGCAAGGGGCACUUCCAUCUGGACCUGAGAGUAGACUACAGUAAAAACAUACACACGAUUACAUUGGCUCUCAGGUCCAGGACACUCCCAUACAAAACAAAAUAAUUACUCCCCUGUGCCUGGAAGAUAAUUGAGUCAAGCACUGUAUUAAACUCAAUUAUCUCCAAGCACAAAAAAAACACACAUUUCCUAAACACCCCAAAAGUACCUUAAAAAUACAUAAAACCCCACAAAAGUUACAUCCCCUGAUAGUUCUGAUCUGGGUAACCAACAUAUCCAAAAAUCACCCAGAUCAGUUCAGGGGUUCAGGAAUUUCCUGGAAGUCAUAAUUUGACCGAACGCACAGAUGGUCCCCUAGCCGAAAAUAGUUCCAUAGAAUCGCGGCUAAGUGCUGCUGGGGACCACCGGGAACCACAAAGUCUUCAUGCCGAAAAUAGUUCCAUGGAAUCGCAGCUAAGUGCCGCUGGGGACCGACUGGGAACCCAGAAGUAUUCAUGACGAAAAUAGUUCCAGGGCUCUCGCGGAUAAGUCCCCCUAAAGUCUAUUCGCGGUUUUGGUCCAUGCGAAUAGCCGCUAGGGAGCUAGCGUUCGGUUCUAUGCAUAUGAAUGGAAAGUACUGAAAACCAGGGAAACCAAGGGGAAUAAAAUAUGGGUCUUUACAGUCGCUGACCUGGCCCAUAGUCGGUGGGCAGUAGGAUGGCAAGCAGGCUCCUCCAGGAGCUCGGGGCAAACUCACAAGGACAGGGGAGGUUGCCACAGCUAUGUCUUGCCAACCUAGAUUAUUAUUAUUAUUGCCAUUUAUAUAGCACCAACAGAGUCCGUAGCACUUUACAUGAAUGAGUAAUAUAUAUAUAUAUAUAUAUAUAUGUGUGUUUGUGUGUGUGUAUAUAUAUAUAUAUAUAUAUAUAUAUAUAUAUAUAGUCAUCUGGGGUGGCAAGACAUAGCCUUACAUAUUAUUGGUUGUCUGUGUGUGUGUGUAUUGUGUGUGUAUAUGAGUAUAUAUAUAUAUAUAUAUAUAUAUAUAUUAUUAUUAUUUUUUUUUUUUACCCCAUGUCAGGUUAUACCUGCCGGGUUUCGCCAAAUUAAGCCACUUCCGGGUUGACGGAGCUUUGCCCCGCCCCUUCUCUGACGUGGUCUUCCCAUGAUUCAAAGCGCUGGAUUAUUGAAGUUCCUGUGAAUCUCUUACCGGCUACCCGAUUACAUUAUAAGCUCUUCCGUGUACCGAACCCGCUCUGAAAACGACUACCCGCCUUCUCCACUCCUCGACCUCGGACUGUUUAAUGGACUUCUACUCUUACUCCUAAAAGACUGCUUAAAUUGAUCUCCCCAGUUCUCUGGAACUACUGCUAUUGAAGCUAAGUACAUUUUUCCUGCAAUCAAAUUACCUCUCAGUUGCAAUUAGAAGCUGCCUCAUUGUUAAACACUCUUAAAGCUAUUUCUUCUGCAUCUAAUUCAACUCUAAAUCUGCAUACAAACUCUGGUAGCUAUUUUUGCUGCAUUUAAUUCAACUCUAAUUCUGCAUACAAACUCUGCACUAUUCUUAAUUGGAACUGUUUGACUUAAUGCAAAACUUCAGUGGCUUAUUUUUUUCUGCAACUAAUAACCUGCCAUAAGAGUUUAAAGCUACAGUAACCAAAGCUUACAAUUCAAUAAAAGAAUAAAAAUUUAUAAAUUGUAGUAUUUAAAGUUCUACAGUUGCGUUCCAGUCGAUUAGCAUUACACCCCAGAAUAAAACAUUUAAUUAUACAGUAAGCAUACUCCCAUGCAGACACAGACAAUCUCACCAACACACACAAGUUCAUUGAUACACAGCCUCAUAGACAAACAAUCUCACUGAUAUACAUAAACUCAUGGACAUAAAAACAUGACCUCACAGAUGCACACAAAUAGGCUUUCUGACAGACAAUCUCACUGACAAGCUUAUUGGUAUACACACACACAAACAUAGUACAGACAAACUCUGACAUGGACAAGCUUACUAUAGACAUGCUCACUGACACACACAUGCUCAUUACAGACAAGCUCACACACACACAUGCUCACCACAGACAAGCUCACUGACACACACAUGCUCCCUACAGAAAAGCUUGUUGACACAUGUAUACUCCAUGCAGAAAAGCUCACUGACACAAACAUGCUCACUAAAGAAAAGCUCACUGGCGCACACAUGUUCCCUACAGAAAAGCUCACUGACACACACAUGCUCACCACAGACAAGCUCACUGACACACACAUGCUCCCAACAGAAAAGCUCACUGACACACACACAUGUUCACUACUGCCAAGCUUACUGAAACACACACAUGCAUCCAACAGACAAGCUUACUGACACACACAUACGCUCACUACAGACAAGCUCACUAACACACAAGCUCACUCACUAGCAGGCACACACACACAAGCUCACUCACUAGCAGACACACACACACAAGCUUACUCACUAGCAGGCACACACACACACAAGCUCACUCACUAGAAGGCAGACACACACACACACACACAGACACAAGCUCACUCACUAGCAGGCACACACACACAAACUCACUCACUAGCAGACACACACAACCUCACUCACUAGCAGGCACACACACACACAAGCUCACUAGUUGGCACACACAAACUCACUCACUAGCAGACACACACAUACACACACAACCUCACUCAUUAGAAGGCACACACACAAUCACUGUCAUGGCUGAAGCUUACCUGGCACUGGCAGGUGAGGUUGCCAUUUUAUGGCCUCUUCUAUCCAGUGAGGUCAGCAACGUGCGUGGGGCGGUGCUUGCAUGCAGGAGGCAGAGCUUCCAUCCGGAGACAGGGCUUACAUGUGUGAUGGGGCAUGCGGACGAAAUUGAUGUAAAUUUUGAAUGGAGACUGACAGGUCUCCCUCUGGCCGCGGGCAGCCUAAUCGCAGCCGCACCAGCCCCCAGCUCCUCCCUCUUUACUACCCUCGAAAUAAGACAGACUGGAACAGUUCAAGGGGAAAAAUCAUUUAAAUUACAUUAGCCUGAUGAUCAGGGCUGUCAGCCCGGCCCCAGGUGCAGUGGCCCACCAGGAAAUUUCCCGGUAUCCCGGUGGGCCAGUCUGGAGACGUCCAAGGCAGUCAUGAGAGUACAGAUAAUUUCCUAUACUUCAUCUGCUAAGAAAAAAUGUCGGAAGGACUAUGUGGUACAAUCUCAUACAAGGUAUUUGGCUAAUCCAUCUGACGAAAACAAACAAACUUACCUUGACGCUAAAUCCACUCUAAACACUUACAUAACUAACUAUGCGCAAUCAAAAUUAGACUUUCAGACACAGCACUUUUUCAGUUGGGGGAGAAGGUCUGGGAAGUUGUUGGCCCAUAUGGCCAACCCUAAAACUGGGUUCAAACCAAAACGUCAUUCAACUCGCCCGAAGGAGUCCGGUUUACUUCUUAAAAUGAACAAAGUCUUCCACAACUACUUAAAAAAAUUAUCGAUAGCCCCGACUGACCAGGGUAUGUCUUUCCUAAAAAAUCGGAACCUACCUCACUUAGACGGGGACUCGAGGGAAACUCCUUAGCGACCCUAUCACUGAAAAAGAAAUCCAUAUGGACAUAUGGUUUUCUGCCCUGGCGGGACUUAAAGUUAACUGGACUAAAUCCAGUGCGCAAUAUCUGGGGAAGGGGCCAUCCCCUAAGUUGUCUGGGAGUUUGUGACAAACUCCCCUUUUUACAUGAGUUUGCCACGAGCUCCUGGAGGAGCCUGCUUGCCAGCCUCCUGCCCACAGACUAUGGGCCUUGUGAAAUAUAAUGUUAACAAGACUCUGUUCCAGCGGCAGUAUGCAUUACAGGGAGAGGCGCAUAUCGUCCUCUCUCCCCAGCAGCAGAUAGAGUUGCAGGGAGUGGAGACGGUCGGUCUCCCUCCCCAGCCGCAGUGUGCAACACAGGGAGUGGAGACAGUCGGUAUCACUCCCCAGAAGCCGAGUAUGUUAUAGGGAGUGGAGACAAUGGUUCCUACUCCCCAACGCAGGGCGAGUUAUUGGGAGUGGAGACGGUCAGUCUCACUCCCCAGCAGCAGUGUAUGUUACAGGGUGAGGAACACCUUGGGAGGGUCAAUCAGUCAGUCCUCCUCCCCAACCACAGAGAAAGAUACAAGGAGUGGAAACGGUUGGUCCCACCCCCCAUCAGCUGGAGCUGUCACCCAAGACAAGCCCCCUGGCAUGGAUGGUGCACCAGCCCUACAGGGAUGCUGGGCAGCCCGGCACGAUCCCCAACUGUGGAAUCCCGGCCAAGAUGAAGAGGUCAGCAGCCGCUCCUCUGACAUCUUCUCAACGGAAGAGCUGGCACCCGGGCAGAACUCAGUUGGCCUCUGCCUGUCCCUUUCCCUUUAUCCAGAGCCUGAGGUUACACAGGCUACAGGGCCUCUGCCCAUUGAGCACAGAGGGCUUUGUAGGUGAGGUCCAGGGAGAGGAAAGUGUCUCUCCCCAGCGGCAAGAGUUACCCCCUAGAGAGGGGAAUUACGCACUCCAUCCCCAGCGAGUACUUGGUCCAACCUGGGGGAAGUGCAUCCAGAUUGUUUCUCGGCAGGACAUUGGAUGUACAAAUGGGCACUUGUGGCAGGAGGCCGUCUGGACAACAACGCCUUUUGGGAAAGGCCUCCAGACUGUCACAGACCCAGACCGAUUGAAGGUCUGGGGUCUGGAUAGUCUCCACGGGAGGGGGAAGAUAUGUGACAAACUCCCCUUUUUAUGUGAGUUUGCCACGUGCUCCAGGAGGAGCUUGUUUUAAAACUGAAAAAUUACAGUAGUAACUCAUUCACAGGUAUUUGUAAGACUUGGUUGGAAUACAGGUUUUCUUGCUGCUAGCAAACAUGUUAUCUAUAUAUUUAUAAUACAACAUACAGUAAAUACAGUUGGUGUGAAACCAUGCAUACAUAUAGUAUACUGCAUACAUAUAACAUGUUUCAGACUGAUAUUAACAUUUGCACAUGUUCUUUGAUUUCUUAGGAUAGAUCUUCCUCUCUUCUGUGCAGCCCAUUGGCACUGUACACAGAACGUACCCAGCUCUUGUAUAUGCAGACAGGGAAGGAGGUGUGACAUUACAUACAUUCUCUGCAGCAGGCAGAAAGACCGUCUACUGCAACAUGGAACAGCCUUAUUCAUUAACAAGAUAGCGGGGGGCAUUAGAGGGGUUGAGGGGUAUUUUGAUUCCUUUAUUCUUUAUAAAUGUAAAACGACCAGUAAUGCUCUGUACAAAUAGUGUGGGAUUCAAGGAGUUAAUCAUUUAAACCAGGGAAUUGGAUAUCCUCAUUUUAGUAGGUAAUACUUAAUUUAGAAUACCAUAAUUGGAACCUGUCUUUAUACUCAGGCCAGAUUUUCAUUAUCGUCAAGAUAUAUAUUUUUUUUAUUCUUAAGAUGUGCAAAGCAUGUUCGGAAUAAUAUAUUGUAACUGUAAUGAUAUGCACUAUUAAAAUAUUUCCCCCUUCCCAAGCAUAUUUUCUUCCUAUUGACAGCAAAAAAUAAUCUUUUAAUACAUAUUUUUUUGUUUAGGUUAGUGACGCAAAAGAAGCAAUAGAUCAACUAGAAAAACAGUUGGGAUUUACAUUAAAAAACUUUGUCCCCAAUACUCAACCUGUGAGACGAACAAUGGAAAUUCCAAGAGAUUCUUUGCAGAAGUAUUUGGAGGAUCUUUUUGGAAAAACCUCAGGUAUGUCCCAUUCUAGUUUUUGUCUCAUAUUCCAGCAUCAGAUGUCACUAGGAAACAGACUUGAGACAUUUUCAAGAACCAGCCUGGCACUUAUUCACAUUUGAACAUACUCUAGACUAUACGCUUGAUUUAGCAGGGUCCUUAACAACCUAUUGUUUCUGUAACAUAUUGUAAUUGUCUCAUUUAUUGUUAAAUUUACCCCUUUUAUAAUAUUGUAAGCGCUGCAGAAUACGUUGAUGCUAUAUAAAUACCAAAAAUAAAAUAAUUAUAAGAGAUGAGGAGCAUAUGAGACCUCUGAAUUGGAAUCAUUGUUGACAGGCAAAAGUGGGCUGACUAUGACAUUGAUGGUGGAAUACAAUGAAGUCGUGCAGCGCAUUCUUUUGAGGCAUGUUAAAUAUACAGGAAAACAAGCAGAUUGUUCAUCGUAAUGUCAUCUGUCUGUGAAUAGAUGGAUGCCAGGCUACACCUAACACUGUUGUCCUUUGUUUUCCUAUAAAAUGUAUAGUCCACAUUUAAGAAGACUACUUUAUAUGAGUUAAAACAAUAAAAUAGCAAAUAGCUGAGAGAUAUACCGUGGUAUAGAUUUGUCACUAAUACGUAAUAAUUUCAAUAUUAAAGGGACACUAUAGUCACCUGAACAACUUUAGCUUAAUGAAGCAGUUUUGGUGUAUAGAAUAUGCCCCUGCAGCCUCACUGCUCAAUCCUCUGCCAUUUAGGAGUUAAAUCCCUUUGUUUAUGAACCCUAAUCACACCUCCCUGCAUGUGACUUGCAUAGCCUUCCAUAAACACUUCCUGUAAAGAGAGCCCUAUUUAGGCUUUCUUUAUUGCAAGUUCUGUUUAAUUAAGAUUUUCUUAUCCCCUGCUAUGUUAAUAGCUUGCUAGACCCUGCAAGAGCCUCCUGUAUGUGAUUAAAGUUCAAUUUAGAGAUUGAGAUACAAUUAUUUAAGGUAAAUUACAUCUGUUUGAAAGUGAAACCAGUUUUUUUUUUUCAUGCAGGCUCUGUCAAUCAUAGCCAGGGGAGGUGUGGCUAGGGCUGCAUAAACAGAAACAAAGUGAUUUAACUCCUAAAUGACAGUGAAUUGAGCAGUGAAAUUGCAGGGGAAUGAUCUAUACACUAAAACUGCUUUAUUUAGCUAAAGUAAUUUAGAUGACUAUAGUGUUCCUUUAAGUAUUAAAACAAGAAUUCAGCAUAUUGAUUUAGUUGAAUUCAUAGUGGGAUAUUGAGAAGUUCAAUAAGGAUCAUUGAAUUUAACUCUGACAUAAAAAGCUCAUCUGAAGGUAUAUAAUAUGUCCAUAUAAACAUUUCCAGACGCCCUAAUUCUUCGUCAGUUCAGUCAUGGACAAUCCAAUCCUACUUACUACGUGCAAUUUAAUGAAAAGCAGUUAGUGCUGCGCAAGAAACCACCAGGAAAACUGCUUCCGGCAGCUCACGCUGUGGAGAGAGAAUACAGGUAUGUGACGUAUUUGUAUAAAAUAACAAUAUAACAGUCAAUCCAGGGAACAAUAAAUGACUUCUAUUGACACCUUCCAUUGGGGAUAAAACUGAAUUGUAGUGGCUGAAGCUACAAGAUGUCAAUGUGUUGACUCUUGAUAAACUGAAAUAAUAGGACUUUACCAUGUAACAAGUAUAGAAAUCAAGAAACCUCAUACCAACUGAAGGAUUUCUGCACUUUGCCAUGUUUGAUAUCAUGAGAUGAGUUUCUAACGAGGAGCUUUUGUUUUGGAGAAAAUUUGGCUAAUUUAAUUAAUUGGAAGAGACUCCCAUUAUGCUAGGAAACAUUAUUGGUUUUAAUAUACCGUGUUAAAAAAAAUCUUUAAAAUGGUAGGCAAAAUGAAAGACAGUUUUAUUAAGAACAAAUUAAUGUAUUUUUUCAGGAUUAUGAAAGCACUUGGCGAAGCUGGAAUUCCUGUACCUAAGGUGAUCAGUCUUUGUGAAGACUCCAGGUAAGACCACUCCCCACCAUAACUUUAUGCAGUACAUGUGUCAAAUUAUAGCCUUCUAAGAAACAGUCUUAAUAUCCAUUGUUUGGAUAUGUCCAUGCAUUUUUUCUGUGUUCCCAUUAGCAUAAUCGGCACUCCAUUUUACCUCAUGGAAUAUUCCUCUGGGCGUAUCUUUAAAGACCCAGCCCUACCAGGAAUGGAAGCAAGAGAACGAAGAGCCAUUUAUACAGCAAUGAACCAAGUGCUGUGUAAGAUUCACAGUGUGGACAUCAAGGCAGCUGGACUAGAGGAUUAUGGGAAACAUGGUAACUGCUGCAAUUUUUCUUUGACUAUAGACAUACUAUAAAAAUAAAAUUAUAACAAACUGUAAAUAUGACAUUUAUUAAAUAUUUUUAAUAGUAUUCUCCUAAAAUGUACUUUUUGGUGUCUUUACAAAAUCUAAUUCUAAUGUACUACGUAGUGUCUCCUCAAUAUAUUUAUUAUUUUGGCCUGUCCAUGAAAUUACAACAUAAUAAACCCCUUGCUGUUUUUGUUAAUUAGAUGCUUACAUUAAGCGGCAAGUGCAAAUAUGGACCAAGCAGUAUAGAUCUAGUGAGACUCAACGUAUUCCUGACAUGGAAAAGCUUAUUGAAUGGCUUCCCCAACAUCUUCCGAAGGACCAGAAGACUUCUGUUGUACAUGGAGAUUUUAGGUAAUGCUAAAGAGUAGGAAUUUGAAGAAGCAGGUCUGAAUCUAAUCCUUCAGUAUUAACACAUUCUUAGUUAAUUUAAAAAUGUAAAGUUGUUUGCAAUCCUUUCCCUCCCACUUCACUCUCGGACACAUUCGUAUUCCUUUCACCUUCAGAACCUUUUUUAAUAUUUUCCCUUUUUCAUUCAUUAUUCCUUCUUUUAUUUCUUUCAUUGGACAUUUUGCUUAAAUAGAUUUUCUCUUGGACAUUGUUUUGUGGGGUUCUUUUGAGCAAGUAUCAUUACAUUUUGUUCUACAUUCUGCAAUUGCUGUCACUCUUCUAAUCCAUGUACAAAACCCUAAGCUCAACCUCUUCCAGCUUAUAGUGUUCUCUCCACCCAUUGGAGCAUGGAUCCAUAUUUUUAUAUUUACAGGCUCUAUAAAGUAAUAUAUAUAUUUAUAUAAUGCUUUUGCUUAAGUAAAUAUAGAAAACCACAGGGCACAGUGAGUUUUGAGGUUAAGUGUAUGUCAUACGGUACACUCACAUAUUAUCUUAAUAUUAAUGGAAUCUAGAUUGGAUAACUUGAUUUUUCAUCCUGACAAACUGGAAGUGAUUGGUGUUUUGGACUGGGAAUUGUCUACACUGGGAGAUCCAAUGUCAGAUGUGGCUUACAACUGCAUGGCUCACUACCUGCCACCAGACCUACCUAUCCAAAAAGGUAUGUGCGACAUAAGGACACUUUUUUAUGAGCGUUGGUUAAUUAUUUCCCUACAUAUCAAUUAUUUCUGAGCGAUAUACUUUUAUUAAAGUUUGCAUCGUUCAAGCUGGACAGUAAUAGCAAACUGAGCCCAUGAUAUAUAUAAUUAUAUAAUUGUAGCCGACUUGAGUCUAGGUGGGCCAUGUUUUCACAAAGGAAGGAUUCAGACUAUUUUGACACAUUACACUGCACAUAUGGACCACAGUGACUAUAGAAAUAAAAAUAUGGUUUGACACUAAUUUAAACACACUGCAAUAAGUGAAGUUUAAAAAGUAGACUUCUUUGUCAGGAAGUAUGUGUAUAGUCAGUAUGAGACACAGCUGGUUAGGGCUGCUUAAACAAACAAAAGUUAACUCCUACAUGGGAGAAUAGAGCAGUGAGACUGCAGGGGCAUGAUUUAUACACCCAAACUGCUUUAUUAAGUUAAAGUUUUUGUUUGUGGUUAGAGUAUUCCUUUAAAUGCAUUGCACAUCCUAAGUAUUUCAGUGUCUUGAUUUGAGAUUAAACUUUCUUUCACAUUUGCAUCAUCUGAAUGAAUUUCCUUAUUAUCUCCCCAAAUAUAUUUUUUCUCCAUCAUCUUUCUCCUCUCCGAGCCUCUUUUAUUCCUCUUUAAUCUGUAAAAUAUAUAUUACUAUGCAUUGUUAUUGUACUAUUCUGUGUAAUUAUAUUAUGCUAUCUUAUAUUCACUUUGAUUUUUCAGGACUAAAUCACUGUGACUUGUCAGAGCUGGGAAUUCCCACGGCAGAGGAAUAUUUUGAACAGUACUGUAAUAACAUGGGAAUACCUAAGAUCUCAAACUGGAAUUUCUACAUGGCCUUCUCCUUUUUCAGAAUCGCUGCAAUCUUGCAAGGCGUAUACAAACGAUCACUCACAGGUAGUAGAUAUAGGUGUAAAUUUACAUUAGCAAAGAGUCAAAACGAUUUUGCAGGAGUCUGCUGUACUGGCCUCACCUCUGCUGUUUUUAGCUCCUAUAGUUAUCCUCCAGUUUUGAAAGAACUUGUAGUUUGCAGAAUCAGUGGUUGCGUCUAUCUGGUGGUGAUGAUGGUGUUGUGUAAUCAGACUGUUUAUAAUUUAAAUAGUAUCGUUCAGAAUAGAGUGUGUUUGUUUGCUCAUUUUAUUUACUAUAAACACCACAUUACUGUUUACUGUGUUCCUAACAAAGUAAAUGUUUCAGAAGUUAUUAAACCUGAAUUUAUGUUCAACUCUUCCAGGGCAGGCUAGUUCUGCAAAUGCAGAUGCUGGAGGAAAACUGGCAACAUUCAUGGCCAACACUGCAUGGGAUUUUGCUACAAAGGAAGGCUUUAGGGUUUUUAAGUCUAUUCCUGGAGCAAAUUCUGAAACCUCGGGGAAACGACCUUACAGCACUUGGAGUAAAAGCCUUAAAUUUAGACAGACACAAAACAAUGCAUUUGUCACUUCGUCUGAUGCUUCGUUACAUGCUGCUUCAAGAGGUAUUUUAAUAAUCUCUCCUGAUGGACUUUCUGGGGAAGCUCAAAACCUCUACUAUAAAUUGAAGGAGUUUAUAGAAGUUUUUAUUUACCCUGCUGAGCAAGAAUUUAGAAAUUAUCAGUUCUCAGAGAAGAGAUGGACACCCCACCCUCUAAUAGAGGAACUUAAGGUAUAAGGCACAAGGUGCUACUUGAUUAUAACAUACAAGAACGAAAUUAUUUAAUUGUUUUUCCUAAAAAUCUAAAAUCUUUUGUUGUGGACUGUAUGUAUUUAUGAAAUUUCAUUCAUCCUAGAACUGCGCUAUUAUAUUUUUAACUUGUUAUUUAUUCCUCAAGCCAAGCCUCUUCAUUUGGUAAAAAAUAUUUGGUCUACUUACUUUCCCUCCUCCUAACACACACAUUUUUACAUUAAGCCAGACUUUUAUAUGUUCUCUCUUCCCUGACAUUAAAAAAAAAAAAAAACAAGAACUAUGGCUUUAAUAACACAAAACAUGUUAUUUGCCCCUUUACAGCAUUGCCCCAUACAGUGUCACCAGUUCAUGCAUUGCAUGGGUUGGUUCCCAAAAGACACUUACAAGCAAAAUAUCCAACUUCUUUCGGGACUCUCUGUGUCAUUGGCCUUCUUUUUGAUCUUUUGCUAAUCACAGCUUUUUAUUGAGCACACCCACAAUGAGCACAUACAUGUGGAAAAGGUAUGUCAAGUAUAGGGGACACGCAGGUCCCGCAAGCAAUAUCAGUAGUGCAGAGAGUGAUCGACAACAUUCUUACAAAUAUAUUUCCAUCAUAUCUGCACAUCAUGGUUUAGCCUCAUAAAGUGUGAGACUUAGGGACUAGUGAUGCGCCGAACGGUUCGCCGCGAACGGUUCGCCGCGGACUCAUCAUUGAGUAAACUUUGAUCCUGUGCUGUGAGGUACAGGGUCAAAGUUUACUCAAUGAUGAGUUCGUGGCGAACCAUUCGCGAACCAUUCGGCGAACCGUUCGGGACAUCACUAUUAGGGACACAAAAAAACAGCAGUUUACCCAUUGUACAAGUUAGUGGAUAGGUUGCAUGCAUGUGAGCUAAAAAUAACCUAAUAGGAAUGACUCACAGGUAUAUAUUAUAUAAUGUGAACAAUGUGCAUCAUUUGGUGUACGGCAAGCAUGUCAAACUCAAAGGCUAAGACAGGGCAAAUAAACAAGGUUUGCGUUUAUGUGGGCCGCAAAAAAACAAAAAUGUCAGUUUUCAUAGAAACGUAGGUUUAUUUAAAAAAGUACAGUAUAAAAAAAUUGCCUAACUGACACUGGACGUCCUUACGCUUGUAGGACUUCAAAGUAAACAAAAGAGCGAAUUUAUUUUGAGGAGACGUGCAUUUGCAUAUAACCUACGUUUCAGUCCAACUACCUUGAAAUAUUAAGAAAAGUUUGGUAAUUGGACUGAAAUGGUGAAUGUAUGCCGUUGCACAGCUGUAAAAAACAAAUUACGUUAUCUUGUUUAUUUUGAAGUUCUAUAAGUGUGUUCUUCAAACUUGAUGAUCUCAGCCAAUCCAAUGCUUUCCAGUGGGAAAGCAUUGGGAGGCUAUUGUGCAUGUUUGGCAAAACACUGCACGGCUAAACAGCAUCUCCAUGGGGAGCAUUCAGCGCCUCCAUGCAGACCCAAUCUAACACACUGCCUCCUCCCCCAUUCUAAUACACUGCCCCGAAAUCCAAUACACUGCCCCCUCCCUCCAACCUUAUACACUGCCCCCUUCACCCAAUCUAAUACAUUGCCCCAUAAUCUAAUACACUGCCCCUUGUCUCUCCACUCUAAUUGAAUAGACUGCCCCCACUCCACUUCAAUACACUGCCCCCCCUACCCCUAAUAUAACAAACUGCCCCCCACCACUCUAAUACACUGACCUCCUCCCUCCCUCCAAUAAAUAAAUACACUGGGCCCCUCCCUUCCUCAAAUAAAAACACUGCCUCCUCCUUCCUUCAAAUACACGGCCCCCCUUCCCAAUUUAAUACACUGGCCCCCUGAAUUCCCCAAAUUAAUACAGUGCCCCCUCCUUCCCUCAAAUUAAUACACUGCCCCUUCCCUCCCAUUAAUAUACUGCCCCCCUCCCUACCAUUAAUACACUGCCCCCCUCCCUCCCAAUAAUACAGUGCCACCCCUCCCCAGUUUAAUACACUGGCCCCUCCCUCCCCCAAGUUAAUACACUGUCCCUUCCCUCUCUUAAAUUAAUACACUGCCCCCAAUUUAACACACUCACGCCCCCCCCACCACCACCACUCUAAUACACUGGCCCCUCCCUCAAAUUAAUACACUGGCCCCCUCCCUCAAAUUAAAACACUGGCCCACUCCUUUCCUCAAAUUAAUACCUGGCCCCUCCCUCAAAUUAAUAUACUGCCCCCUUACCUCCCCAGAUUAAUAUACUGGUUCCCUCCCUCAAAUUAAUGUACUGCCCCCUCCCUCCCCAAAUUAAUAUACUGGCCCCCUUCCGCCCCUCAAAUAUUUAUACUGGCCCUCUCCCUCCCUCAAAUUAAUUUCCUGGCCCCUCCCUCAAAUUAAUAUACUGCCCCCUUACCUCCCCAGAUUAAUAUACUGGUUCCCUCCCUCAAAUUAAUGUACUGCCCCCUCCCUCCCCAAAUUAAUAUACUGGCCCCCUUCCGCCCCUCAAAUAUUUAUACUGGCCCUCUCCCUCCCUCAAAUUAAUUUCCUGGCCCCUCCCUCAAAUUAAUAUACUGCCUCUCUCCCUCCCCAGAUUAAUAUACUGGUCCCCUCCUUCAAAUUAAUACAGUGCCCCCUCCCUCCUAUGAAUAGAGUGCCCCUUCCCUCAAAUUAAUACACUGCCCUUUUUCUCCUACCUUACGAUUAGUUGUCCAUCCUCCAGCUCCAGCCCUGCUCAAGCAGGCCAGACGCUCCUCUGGCACUGCGAGCAGGAGGGAAGGGGAAGUGGCACAGCCACACUGCCCUCUUGUGGCCGGGAGAGCAAGAAUCAGGAAAUAUUUUUCCUGUCUUGCUGGUCGCAGCCACAGCUGAAAGCGGCCCCAGGGCAGGACACAAAAAUAUUAAUUUUUUUUGCAUGUUUGACAUGCUUGGUGUACGGAGUAUCUGACAGCCACGUGUAUGUGAGUAUAAAAUGGUAGUCAGGAAUAAGCGAUGUGGGAUUUAGGGUGCCAGGAGGGCUUCUCCCAUGGAAGGGGACCAAAGGGGGAUGGGAGCAGUCCAUCACCACUCUCUAAAACCGUCCUCGUCCCCACAUCCCUCACUCAACGUAAGCCUACCACGGCCACCAGCAUUCCACAUGUUUCUCGUCAGUUUCACUCAGGAAUGCCUGGACAGACUCCGCCAUGUAUAUCUCCUCUACCCUGUCCAUCCAUUUUCCCAUCCUCGAGGUUGUGUCUUGCUUCCAGUGUAACGGAAUCAAGGAUAUGGCUGCGUCUAAUAGAGGUCAAUGGAUCGGGUUUUUUUUGUAUGCUGCGACGGUUGUCGGCGUGGAGUGCAGUAGUACCAUCUCCAUAUCUAGACGUCCUGUGUCGCCAAGAAUUUCUUCCACCUUGAGCUUCACUUCCUCCCAGAAUGGCACUAUGUGCGGGCAUUCCCACCAUGUAUGUGUUACCGUUCCUGGUCCAACUCCGCGUCUCGAGCAGACAUUGGGCACGGUUGGGAAAAUUCUGUCGGGUGUCCUGUACCAAGGAAUUUAUAGUUGGAUUCCUGAUAUUUGGAGCUAGGGGAGCACUUGCGGUGAAGUAUCAGUAUCUUCUCCCAUUGAGCAUCGUUGAAGGACUUUUACUCUCUAGAUAUCCCACAAGGAGAUGUUGGAAUAUGCGGGACACUGCUCCGUCCACAUUGGUUUUGCCAUCACAGAGACCCUCAAACCAUGUGAGGCUGUGGUGUAUCGCAUCCCUAUUUGGAAGCUUCUGGUAAAAAUAUCUGAUUUGUGUGUACGACGGUGGAUUUCCAGCAGUGGUAUCAUGCCCGUGUUGUUCAAGAGCUUACGGAUUGGAAGAGAGUCGCCGCCACCCAGGAAGUGCCAUGUUAUAGGUGGUAGGCCACGCCUCAUUUUAACAUUAUGUUGUAUCUAAAUCCUCGGACUCUGUGUAGCAGAUAAAUGUGAAGCUCCCCUGAUGCUUUCCCAAGCCCUUAACGUUUGUGUCACUGGGAGGUCAAUUCUAGAUCUGUCUGUGUAGGCUUUUUCGAGUUUCAUAUUGCUGUAAGAAGGGAUGGUCGUAGGUGACCCUUAUUGAAUUUAACCCAUUGUUUGUGAAUCAGGUGGAUAUGCCAUUCCAGUAUUCUUUGUAGGACAGUGGUGGUAUUUACGGAAGUCGGCGAGUGCAAGACCGCCCCAGUCCCAUCGGAAGGCAUAGUAUUUCAUGGCGGAGUCUUGCCUGGCCCUCACUCCACACGUACCGUAUCAUAGAGGAUUGUAAAGAUGCGCAGUUGGCUGUGGGUAGGGUAAGGGGAAGUGUUUAAUAUAGAUAAAGGAGUCUUGGUAGCUAAGUUUAGGACUGCAAUCCUUCCAAACCAGCCAAGAUAUAUGAGGGUAAGACCACUUCUUCAAAUCUUGCUGUAUGCAGUGUAGAAGAGGUAUAAAAUUACUUUGGUACAGGUCCUCUGGGUUCCUAAUGAGAACUGUUCCUAGAUAUGUCAUGUGGUAAGUGCACCAUCUGAAUGGAAACUGGUGUUGCAGGGUGUCAUUCUCUGCUACUAGGACCGUGAUGUUGAGUACCUCACACUUAGACAUAUUCAGUUUGAAUCCAGAGACUUCGCCAUUUGUCUCGAACAGGUCCACCAGGGGAGGCAGAGUAGUCCUUGGAUCUUUUAUGAAGAACAGUGGGUCGUCUGCAAAAGCGUUGGUGUUGGCCUCCAAGUAAAACCUUUAAAAUGAUCAGACUUCCGAACGGCCUACAAGAAUGGCUCCAGGGUUAGUGCGAAUAGUAUUUGGGAUAGUGGGCACACUUGCCUCGUACCAUUCCGCCCAUUAUCUGAAAAGCAUGCGUCAGAGCACCAUUCACAGGUACUUUGGCGCUGGGGCAACUACAGAGUGCACUUAUCCAUUUCAGCAUGUUACAACCGAAUCCCAUCUCCCGCAGUAUAGCCAUAAGGAAGGACCAGUGUUCACCCAGUCAAAUGCUUUCUCAGCUUCGGUUUCCCGAUCGCCUCGCUAGGUGUUGGGUUGACAGUGCUCGCAGAGUGCUAUCCCUAGCCUCCCUACCUGAUAUAAAUCCUGUUUCAUCCGGUUGUACGAUCCUCGGUAAUAGUAGGCCGAUCCUAUUAGACAAGAUCUUAGUGAGCAGUUUGACGUCCACAUUGAGCAGAGAUAUCGGCCUGUAACUGCCACAAUUCAGGAUACUUGUCCGGUUUUGGGAGGACAGUUAUAGUGGCUGCAAGUGACUCAGGGUGAAAGCGAUUUUCCGUUAUGAAAGCGUUAAGUGCCUGGGUAAGUUAAGGAAGCAAGAUGUGCCAAAACUUCUUGAAGUAUUCUAGGGUAAAGCCAUCUGGCCCUGGGGCUCGCCUGGUUUUAGCGGCCUUGACGCUGCUGCCACUUCAUUCUCCUUGAUCGGUAAAUCCAACGUCUCUGCCUCAUCUGGACGGAGUCUUUCAGCAACGAAUUUGUCAAGGUAGCGUUUGUGUCUCAGUCUUUCCCCACCUGAAUAUAUGUCCUUUUAUUUCACGUGGUCAUACACCUCCACUUGUUUUCAUUUGCAAGCGGUAGGCAACGCUUAAUACCUAAUGGGGAUUGGUAGAAAAUGUCUCUAGUCCAUCAUUGUUUGCUAUCGUCUAAGAUCCUCUGUAGAUCUAUUCUAAUUGUUAUUCUUUAUGGUGCAAAACUCCAGUCUUACUCUUGACUAACUUCCUGACUCCAAAUAAUAAUUCUGUACCUGAUCCCAUUUUUAUUUGGUUUUGAUAUCUGUGUAUUGAGGCCUUUUGGGGCAAUGUUUCUGUAAAUAUAUUGAUUGAGCAGACUAACAUCAUCCUUUGCAUGCCUCCCCUUCUCCCCUAGUCUCUACUUUUUUAACUUUCUUCUUUUCUAACUUUUUCUCACGGACACUUAUUCCUCUUCCUCAUUUAUUUUCAACCUACCCAGGGUAAUUUUAAUUCUGGGAGUUUAAUGCUGCAUUCUUCUUAUUUGGCAUAUGAUGUUGAUAUUGUUUGUUAUUUGGAAGAUAAUGUCUUUAUUAUUGCUAAAACAUCCUCUUGCAAUUUUUUUUUCUUCAAAUGUGUGAUGUAGAGUCUCAUGCAAAUUUUCAAAUCUGCGAAAGCAGAAUGUUAUUAUGAGGUAAUUUGACAGUCUAUUUAAUGUUAAUGAUGUGUUUGUUAUAUGACUGUUUAUAUAACUUUUACAGGAAAAAGCAAAGUCACAAGGAUUGUGGAACCUAUUCCUGCCUCUAGAAAGUGAUCCAGAAAAAAAAUAUGGUGCUAAGCUAACAAACAUGGAAUAUGCUCAUCUCUGUGAACUGAUGGGGACGUCCUUGUAUGCAUCAGAAGUGCGUAUAACUAGGGUUUUAUGGAACUAGUUUGGGUUAAAUUAUAUUAACAACAUAUCACAAAGAAUUGCUGUUUUGUUAUAUAAUGAAUAUAAUAGGUUUAACAUUUUUCUGUUUUCCAAUUAUAGUAAAUGUAAAUAUGAAAUUGUACAUGUGAAUAGGUUGUUUGGGCACAGGUUGGUUACUUUCAUUGGAUAAAUGUUUUAUUUUUUAAUAAAUUUUUCAGAUCUUUAACUGUUCAGCUCCUGAUACAGGAAACAUGGAGGUGCUGGUCAGAUAUGGAACAGAGGAGCAGAAGGAAAGGUGGCUGGAACCUCUGCUGGAUGGGCAGAUCAGGUCUUGUUUUGCUAUGACUGAACCAAAGGUAACCUGUUUUCCAAAUUAAUCAAACUCGAGGGAAAAUCCUGUAAAGAAACUUUGUCCCGCAACCCCAAUCACAUCCACGGAAGGAAGAAAAAAAUAAAAUUAAAAUACUGUGGUCACUUACUUCAUACAAUGUUUUAGAUAGGCUCUAAAGCGGUGUUGGUCUAAUCCCAAAUGAAAGUUUCACCACCUUACUCCAAAAGGGCCACACUCACUGCCAUCCAUAAUAUACAAAUGAGAUAGUUCAUGAAUAGUGCAUCUUUAUUAGUUAAAAAAUUGUGACAUGGCAUGUAAAAAGCAGGCAGACCUCAUAAACAACAGAGAAUAAAAAGAAAUAUAAUAAGAAAUAAACCCCCCAAAAAAACACCAAUGCAAAAAAUAGAAAGUCAGCCCUGUGGUGGCUGGAUGGGGUGAGGGGAAGUAGAAAAGGUUGGUUACCUAAGAUGGCUCUGUACGCAUUUCACGUCUACCCUGACACUUUAUUAAAGGAUCACGAUAGUGUCAGGAAAACAUACCUGUUUUUCUGACACUAUAGUGCCCCCACCCUCAGGGUCCCCUUCCCUUGGCGCUGAAGGGGUUAAAGCCCCUUCAGCUACUUACCUUAAUCCAGCACCGGGCGCUGGUGACCUCUCCCCACCGCCGACGUCCGUGCCCGAGUGGAGCCGAAUGCGCAUGCGUGGCAAGUGCCAUGCACGCAUUCAAACAGUCCAUAGGAAAGCAUUUCUUAAUUCUUUCCUAUGGACGUUCUGCACGCUGGAUGCGAAUCCAGGUCUCUGUUAGUUCUUAUCCAGCGUUACAAAUAAACCAUCAUUUUAUUGUAUUUGGGAACCUAAAUAACUUUUUAUAAUUUUUCCUAUAAAUGUGUAUAGAGUGUAGUUGUUUUUUUGCCAUUGUCAGUGGAUUUCCCAUUCCUUGUUAAAAGUAUAGACUUGGAAAACACCAGACAAGUAAGGACACUGAACUCCUAAAGACACAUGCCAGAAUCAUAACGAUAUAAUGGAAUCUUCUUAAACCCUUUUCACAAAUGAAAUAAAUAGCUACGCCUUAUUGCGUGAAGCAAACUGACAUUACUUAAUUGAACUAGAGAAUGCUCUAUUGUAUCAUGGUUUGUAGAUCAGCUUGUUGGAAACCACUUCUCCAGGACUCCACCAGGGAAAAUGGAGCCACCAACAUGGCUGAUUAUUUAUUAAUAAAUAUAUAAUAAUACAUAGACGAAUAUCAAAUAUUUGUUAUUCUUUUCUCAGUCAUUCUAUUACAACACUUCCUAGUUGACCAACAAGUUAUAUAUUAUAUGACAUUUAGAGAUUGUGGACAAUUUUCCACAAAGUUGGAAUCCUGAAAUAAAUAAAAUUUAAAAACCCAUAAGAAAUAGUUGAUUUUCAAAUGGUGUCGUCCAUUUUUCUCUUCAGUUAUAAUUGGCGUACGGACCUAUGCUUUCCAUACGUUUCUGAUGUUCUAGGUUUGCCCACUAUUGUAUAAAACUGCCAAUCACUUCCAAUGGUGAAGGCAGAAUACACAAUUACAGGAUUCAGAUUAACCUUACUAGUUUGACACAGAAGAAGACUCUAAAAGUGUCAACUUCCAAGAGAUGUUCAUCUCAUCCCACUGAUGGCAUAGUACCACACCUUUCUCAAGUACUACUAUUAGUGAACAAUUCAAACUUUUUAGUUGAGAUCUUCUUGCAGGCAAAUAUAUUCUUACAUCUCCCAGCUCUCCUCCAUGCAUUCCACUUCUUCAAUCUCGGUUAUAAAAGUUCUCUCUUAUUUCCACACAAUCCACAUAUUCAGAAGACUUUAGCUAAUAUUAAGUGUAGUGUAAGUAGAUAUGUUUUAUGGCUAUCUGCUUAGUACGCAUUGACAUUCUAUAUUGGGAUUAGGAAAAAGCAACUGUCACUAUCAGCCAUUCUGUUUAACUCAUGUGGGUCCAUUAGUGUGAGCUUGUCACAAGGUAUAGCCUAAUGCAUGUGCACUCUAAUCAAGGUUUCGAUCGCCAGCACUGCUUCGAUUUCAGUCACUCUCUGACCUACGUGCCAAUUCAAAAUAGCUUGUUAGAACAAACAGUAGAUAAGCCGCGCCUAAAAUGAGGUAAACUUUAAGUGCACUCACACAGCAAAAACCUAUACAUACAUGUAUUAGAAUUGUUUUUUUUAUGUUUGUGUAAUGUCAGAUAUCUCAGAAAGAAAGGGAGAACAAAACAGAAAAAAGUAGUAUAAGUUGCCUUUAAAAUUAACUAAAAUACUAAAUAUUUUAGUUACUUUUAAAGACAUAUUACACUAUUUUUGUUUGUUUUUAUGCAGUUGUACAUAAGCAGAAAUAUUACAUGCAUGCUUGAUGUUAUGUAAUUUGUGUUUUACAUCCAGGUUGCUUCAUCAGAUGCUACAAACAUUGAAUCGUCAAUCAAAGAAGAAAAAGACCAUUACAUAUUAAAUGGCCAUAAAUGGUGGACAUCAGGUAGGAAUCUUAAAGCCAAUACCCAAUGUUGAUGUCAAAUCAAAUUAUAGCCCAUACAGAAUAUACACUUUAUGAGUUAUCAGUCAAACUUCAAGAGAUACAAUUAGGCCAAUUCUGGCAACAUGUGUAUACUCUGACCCAAAUAAUGAAUAAACCAAAAGUGAAAAACAAAUAAUUUUAAAAAAGCACUCGCUAUUAUGUGCUCUUUUAAACUAUUGCAUUUAUUUAUUCAUGUAUUUAUUUAUUUCACAAAUGUAUUUUAGCAUUGGUUCUGUUUUUUUUUUUUUAACAAGAUCUGCAUUGUGCCUCAAUAGUAUUACAGAAACAAUGUAGUCUGUUUUGGUUUUUUUGGAAACUAAUGUAUUUUAACUUUUUUCUUUUUUAGAACAACAUUAGUGAAAAGUUGUUAAAGGAACACUCCAAACACCAUAAACAGAGUUAAGCCCUGUGCUGGGCUCAGAAUGUCAGCUGACCACUCUCAGCCAAUGAGCUAAGCUCCUUUAAUACAACAAAAAGAUAUAGCAGACAUAUUCUCUCUAAAUCUGAUAAUAAACUACAUUGGCAAUUAACUUGCAAGUUCACCACACAAGAAUAUCAGCUGACCACUCUUAGCCAAUGAGCUAAGCUCCUUUUAAUAUAAAAAAGCUAUAGCAUACAUAUUCUCUCUAAAUCUGAUAGCAAACUACUUUGACAGUUAACGUGUAAGUUAAGCAAUAUUUUAUGUGGGCAUGUGUAUAAAUAUCACAUUCCAUCCAAUCUCUCCCAUUGGUUACAGGUCAUUUUAGGAAACUGCAUUAAUGUUGUAGCUACAUAACCUAUGUAGUCCUGACAUUGGUCAAAUGUUCUCCAGAUAUAUUCUCAAUCUGCUCAUGUAUGCCACUGCCAGGUAUUUCUUAUUGCAGUGUUACAGCUAGUCAUUUACUAUAGUUAUAGUAACCUGAUUGUGAUACAUGCCAGAGGUUUGUCUUUUUAAAUCUCUAUGUCCUGCAUUGAUUGGUGGAAUCUAUUCAAGAUAAAUAAUGCACAGUCCAGGGUUGUCAAACUCUGCUUCUCACAGACUACAACUCCCAUAGUUCUGCCUAUUCCUUUUCUGGAAUUUGAAGAAUUGUAGUCCAUCAGCAUCUCAAAGGCUGGAGUUUACUAUUCCUGCCAUAGUAUUUAAGUAUCUCUACCUGUAUAACACAUGCCUCCUGUCUAGUCCAGUCAAAACAGGAGGCCAUUCAGAUUCUGUGAAAGCUAUAGCAGUCUCUGUAGUAGACUCUGUCAUGGUUCGACGAAGACUGAAAUGUUAAUUUUAUUUUUGGUUGUAUGGCGACAUUGAUUGAAGUACAGCCAUGCUGGGCCUUCCCUCUCAUGAAUACUGCUUUGUAAUUAUUACUGAGUAACUCAGACAGCAUCUCAGCCAAAGUGGAUAUAUGGCUACAGGGGUUGAAUGCCAUGAGUCCCCAAACUGCCUAUAUUAUUUUUUUUGGCCAGUGUAGCACAAUGAAUGUGGAAGCUCCUUCUUUUAUUGGUUGAAUACUUUAUAUUGUAGUCUGCAACAUUCUAACUACUUUGCAAUAUUAAAAUUCAGUUUAAAAUAAAGACAAAAAAUAAAACACUAUACAAAACUGAAAAUGAGAGCAUAAAUUUAUUAAAUAAAGUUUGUUGUAGUAAACUUCAUAUUUGAUGCCAUUUCCAGGUGCUCUAGAUCCACGCUGUAAAAUCUGCAUCUUUAUGGGAAAGUCCAAUCCAGAUGCUCCUCGCCAUAAGCAGCAGACCAUGAUUCUGGUUCCGAUGGACACUCCUGGGAUAACUGUUGUAAGGCCGCUCACUGUUUAUGGACUUGAUGAUGCUCCUGGUGAGUACACAUAAAUUACCUCCUUUCUUGUAGUAAUUUGUUGCAUAUGGAGUUAAAUGGAUGAUGUAUUAAGAAGGGAAAUAUAUAAUCAAAGAAGUGUUAUCAUUUAAAGAAAUAAUGAUAGGCAAAGCAGUGUGCAGAAUUCUGUGUGUAUAUGCUGGAACACCAAUCAGUGCUGGCAGACAGACAUAUGGUCCGCACACAGAUUUUAAGGACUAAAUAAUACAUGGAUUUCCGCUUCAUAACCAUGGACAAAAAACUCACUAAAUCAUUGUGAAAACUCAUGCAUGUUUCUAGUGGUGUCAUGUGGCUGUGACAGAUGAAAGAUAUAUACUAUUUAAUUACUUACAAUAAAACACAAUACAGAUUUAGCCCAACAGAGAAUCCACCUACAUUUGUGGGAGCACUAUCAUUCCUUAGGUUUAAUAACCUUCAGUGGUGUAUGCAGGCCCAGAUAGAGGACUUGUGGUGGUAAUGCUAUCCCAAGCAUUAGAAUAUUCCACAGAGUUAAGAUUAGUCCCAAAACAACUUUACUCUACAUAACAGGAACAAGAGGGCUGGGUUACUGUUCGAUUAUGUUGCUCAGUUUUUAGUACAAUAGCUGUAGUUUUCCCCCUUACCAACAGACAGCAAACAGAACUUAUUGCAGUUGAAAAAUAUUGAGAAUUAGUGGAUUGGUCACAGGAUUAAGGUACACUGUAUAAGGAUGGAGUUCCUAAUAGGAGCAUGGAAUCCAUUCUACACGGUUCUGAAAGCCAUCUGCCAGAAGAAUAGGAAUGGAUAGCCACAUGUUCUAGGGGUUAGACAUUAUAUGCCUUGUAAUGAACUUUUUAUGAUGUAGAUUUUAUUUCUGACGCACAGCUGGACAUGGAGAAUUGCGUUUUGACAAUGUGCGUGUUCCUAAGGAAAACAUAUUGUUGGGCAGCGGCCGAGGAUUUGAAAUUGCACAGGGCAGACUUGGUCCUGGGAGGAUCCAUCACUGCAUGAGGCUCAUUGGACAUGCUGAGAGAUCUCUAAGCCUCAUGAAGCAGAGGGUGAGAAGAAAUCCGAUUCCCACAAGCUCUCUUUCCUUAAUGGGGGAGUGCAACUUCUCAUGCUCUUUAAUAUUAUGUUACUUAUCCUCUAUUUAUUUGUCUGAAAGAUAAAACUGAAUGUAGAAAUCCACACAGCUAUAUCAAGCUCAGUCCUGUAACUAAGCACUUAAAUCUUGGCUCCCUAUUAGUCAUUGUUUUAAGGUCUUCCCUUUGCUGUUGUCAGUCAGUACACAGAGAGAAGGAGAAAUUUAAACUGUGUGUGUCUCAGCAUGUGUAUGAUUGUGUCUGGGACCAUAUGUGUGUGGGGGAGCUGCUUGUGGUGGUGAUAAGUAUAAAAGGUUUUGGGGUGUUAAUGUGACCGGAAGAGCGUGACAUGGUUGGAGGAGGGCAAGGGGAGGUCACUAUGACAGAAUUAGGGGUGUUAAUGUGAUAUGGUGGGUGUGGCAUGGUUGAUGUGUGACUGUCACAGGGUCGGGGGUGAGUGUGGCAUGGUUGGAGGAGGGAGUGUGACAGGAUUAAGGGGGGUUAAAGUGACAGGGUGAGUAUGACAGAGCAAAGGUUGGGGGGGUUCAGUGGGACAGAAUUAGAGGCGUUAAUAUAACAGGGUGAGUGUGGCAUGGUUGGUGGGGUCAGUGUGGCAUGGUUGGAGAAGGGAGUGUGACAGGGUGAAGGGGCUGAGUGCAUGGGGAGGCUGUUUUUCAGUGACUAACCUCACCACACUGUAAUACCUUUUUAUUUUAUGCAUUUGGCCCCUUUUCUCAGCACAGAGGGGGCAUUAGUUGAUUCCCUGGUGAUCCAGUGGUCUUCCUGGUGAUCCAAUUGUCUGUCCGGUCUGCAGUUCCGGCGGGUGCAGAGUUGCAGACGACGUGGUAGUUCUCUCUCUAGCUCUGGCACUUGAAGUGUCAGAGUGUCGCCUUGGUAACCCACGCCAGUGCUCUGAUUGGCCGGAACUCGCAAAACAAAUACAUCAUGGUUUGUAACUCUGCACCCAGAGACUGCUGGGCUUUGUCUCCCUCCCUGGGCAGACAGUUGAGGCGCCUCACACCCGGCAGCACGCAAAGAAAGCUGUCUGGCCCCCUCCCAGUUUCGUGCCCUCGUUACGGACCAAGGGCCUGAUGGUCAGUCUGCCCUAAGAUCUGACAUCAUAUUGUCCCCUAUUCCCAACACAGUGGGACCAAGUAAUGAAACAGGGGACUUAGGGUUCUCCUGUGCCAGACUCAUUGUCAGCAGGUGUGGCAUAUAACUAUAAUAACCUGAGUAAAUAAUGGGCAGAGGUUAUUAAAUUAAUUGUAACAUGAGAAGAUGAUCUAAUGUUCACACCCAGCCCCCACCCAUUGGUGACGGUUGGGGGCUAUUGGAGGGGACCUAAUGCCUUCAUUCAUAGGCAGUGUAUGCUAUUCAUUUAAUGUAGAGAGGGGGACAUGCCAUUGUUUAAAUCUCCCAAUGCCAAGUUUAGAUCCUCGCCCAGGUGGCUAGGGGUACCAGGCCUCCUAGUGUGCCUGUGUUAGGUCCUUCCUGUAUGCUAUUAGCGUUUGGACCCCAGUUGCUAGAAUGUUAUGACCGCAAGCAGCCACUGGCAUGGCAUGUGGGGUAUAAUGGAGGUAAUGCUCCUCCCUUCUACCAAUGUGGUACAGUAUGUGUGCAAUAUGAGUCAUAUUGACCCCCAUAUGCUUUUAUUUAAUUUCUUUUAUAAUAACUAACAGGUUUAGUCAGUACAAAAGAAUGAUAAACAUGCUUCUAAAGCACAUUUAUGACUGAGUUUUUCUCAAGAAUCUAAUUCAAAAGAGGGAGUCAGUAGCUCCCUCCUUGUACAGGAUAAAUAUAUAACAAAUGGACGACUUUCUGUCUAACAAGCAAUUCCUGUUUCAUUAAUUUCAUCAGAUAUGCAAUUUGUUCAUCUGUCAUUCGUAUUAAUGAACGAAUUGACGAAAUUUGGAUGAACACAAAUUUGUCGGAAAACGAAUGCACAUGCCUAAAUAGGAACACUUUUGCAAAUUUCAACUUGAUAUGUCACAUAUCUCCCACAAGAGGUCACUGUUUUGCAUAUUUAUCAGCUGAUGCUUCCAGGAACACUAACAUUGAGGUUGAGGUGGAAAGGGAAACUAUUAAAGGACCACUAUAGUGCCAGGAAAACAUACUCGUUUUCCUGGCACUAUAGUGCCCUGAGGGUGCCCCAACCCUCAGGGUCCCCCUCCCGCCCGGCUUUGGAAAGGGGAAAGGGGUUAAAACUUACCUUUUUCCAGCGCUGGACGGAGAGCUCUCCUCCUCCGAUCCUCCUCUUCUCCUCCCCGUCGGCUGAAUGCGCACGCGCGGCAAGAGCUGCGCGCGCAUUCAGUCGGUCACAUAGGAAAGCAUUCAUAAUGCUUUCCUAUGGACACUGGCGUGCUCUCACUGUGAUUUUCACAGUGAGAAGCACGCAAGCGCCUCUAGCGGGUGUCAAUGAGACAGCCACUAGAGGAAAUAGGGGAAGGCUUAACUUCUCUGAAACUGCUAUGUUUAUGAAAAAAUGGGUUAACCCUAGCUGGACCUGGCACCCAGACCACUUCAUUAAGCUGAAGUGGUCUGGGUGCCUAGAGUGGUCCUUUAAUUGAACAGAAAAUGACAAAGUGAUUUAUUUUGUAAAAAGGAACUUUUUCUAAAUUGGAAACUGAGUUGCAAAAUUCUGAUGAAAAUAGCCAAGCUGUAAAAGUUGAAAGCUAAACCAAAAAAAACCAAAACGUUGUUACACAUUUAAUGAAACAGACAACAAUCAGCAACUGUCUAAAACACCAUGAAUCCUUUAAAAUCCAAUACUCUGUCAGUCCUAUGCUGGAAUUCUCUUUCUCUAUAUGAUCUGCUUAUUGCACAAAAAUCAUCACUUAACGUAUUUUUAUAGACUCAAAUCUGGUCUGACCCAAAAUGUAACAUAGUAUGCUGAUUUUCUUUUUUUAAAAUUCUUUAUUUUUGCUCAAUCUGCAUGCAUGCAAGAAAUAAGUUAAGCAAUUGAUGACAAGUUGUGAGUAGAGUAGAGGUCAAAAUUAUUAUAUAUCACAGGCAAUAGACAUGCAGAAUGAGGAUUUUGUAUUUUAUGAACAAGUGAGAACUAAAUAAUAUCUAACUAGAAGGUUUUCCUGGGCUGGAGAAAUAAUAAUGAGGGAGUUAAUGCCCUUAGCAAGAUGCACCCCCUUCAGUAUACUAGUACCACACUAAUACACACACAUGUGUUGGCAUAAGAGGGUAAGAGGGGGGCUAGUACAAGCUGUGGUAUAGAAAUUUUUUUAAACUAGGAGAAGUUUUUUUUAAACUAGGAGCAACAAUCGUGGUGUCCAACUGUGGACCUCUGGGCAAGAGGUAGUGUCUGCAAUGGAGGUUGUGAACAUAGGGUGUACCUCUAGGUGAGCCGUUCAGGUCCCUGCCCGAUUUGUGGCAGAAGCUCAGGCUGAGCGUGGUGUAAACUCCACAAUCUUCGUGGUGUCCAGGAGGGAUAGGUUUGGUGUAGUAGUUGCAGGUGGCAGGUGACCGAAGCAGCCCCAGCUUGUUUAAGAGUGUCUCUAGCUCCUCAAAGGUUUUCACCCUAUGGGUAGUCCCUUGGUGGGUAAAUGAAAGUAAACGUGGGGUCCCCCACCUUAAUUGUAUCCUUCCUGCGUGUAGGGAUUGCAGGAGGGGUUUCAGUGUCCUGCGACAUGAGAGUUUCUGGUGAGGUCUGGGAAGAAUUGUAGAGUAGUACCCUCGAAGUGUAUUGGCGUUUUAUCCCUGACUGCCGCAAGAAGGAGAGCUUUAUCCUGAAGUGACUGGAACCUGAUGAUAAAGUCAGAGGCUGCCGUGGUCGGCACGGUCGCCCGUUUCGGUAUGCGGAACAUGCCGUCCAACUUAACCAACUUGGCCUGCUUGCACCAUUGCAAGUAGCCGUCGGAUGAAAUGUGGUAGUUUGGUCAGGCCCACUGCUUCAAGUAUUCCUCUGAGUUUUACAUUGAAGCAUCUCCGCAUAUCCUCCAUGGCCUCAACUCUUUCAGAGGUGUGGAGGUGUGGAGCUGUUGCUGUUGCAGAGCUUCCAGUUUCUUCUCCACUGAGGUAAGCCUGGUGUCCAUGCUGGUGGUUUCCAGCUGGGUAAGUCUGGAUUUCGCUUCCUCGAGCGCGGUCUGGAAGCUGGCAAUGUCAGUGGUUAUAUUUGUCCCCUGGGGCCAUCUGUACUGAUCUCGGCACCAUAUCUGUCGAGGCCCCUGCGCCUGUGUCCGGGAAGAAGUCUUUGGAGGAGAAGGAGCUUCCCUCCUCUCCCAGCGCCUUAUUGACCCAUGCGGCCAAUUGGGCUCCACGGAGCAGAUCUCCAAUGUCUCUGCUAGGGUCCCUUAUCGGCUUUCGCCUUUUUAGUUUUGCGGCCCAUAGUACCCUUGGAGUGUAGUUCUGGCCCAAAUUUGACCAGAUUCUGUUGAAAAAUCGCUUGUUUUGGAGCUCUAAGAAGUUUGACUGCUUUCGACAAUUCUCACUUGUUUGUUUUCCUGGCACUAUAGUGCCCUGAGAGUGCCCCCACCCUCAGGGUCCCACUCCUGUGGCGCUGAAGUGGGAGGAAAGGGUUAAUCCCUUACCUUUUUUCCAGUGCCGGGCUCCCUCGGCGCUGGGACUCUCCUCCCUCUUCUGAUGUCAUCGGCUGAAUGCGUCUCGCCGCGCGCGCAUUUAGCCAGUCUCAUAGGAAAGCAUUCUCAAUUCUUUCCUAUGGACGCUGGCGUCUUCUCACUGUGAAAAUCACAGUGAAAAGUGCGGAAGCGCCUCUAGCGGCUAUCAAUGAGACAGCCACUAGAGGCUGGAUUAACCCUAAAGUAAACAUAGCAGUUUCUCUGAAACUGCUAUGUUUACAGCAGGCAGGGUUAUCCCUAGAUGAACCAGACACCCAGACUACUUCAUUAAGCUGAAGUGGUCUGGGUGCCUAUAGUGGUCCUUUAAUGAAUCAGUAUGCUGAUUUUAACAUCUAAAAUAGACAUGUGCAGUUCAUUUCGGUCCAAAUUUAAAUUCGGCUGAAUUUCAGCAAUUCGGAUAUUCUGAUGCUUCCGAAUUGCCGAAUUUCUGAAGUACCGAAUAGAAUUGCAGAAGUGCCGAAUUUCGGAAGUGCAGAAGUACUUCAGAUUUCUGAAAAGUGGCAAAACAGGAAAGGGAGGGGAAAUUAGGGAAUGAUGACAAGAAUCUAACCCUACCCCUAAACUAACCCCAACCCUACCCCUAACCCUAGUAGGGUUAGGGUUGGGGUUAGUUUAGGGGUAAGGGUUAGGGGGUAACGGGUAGGGUAACUGGUAGGGUUAGGGGGCAGGGGUUAGUUUAGGGGUAAGGGUUAGGGUUGGGGUUAGGUUAGGGGUAGAGUUGGGUUGGGGGUAAGAGUUAGGGGUAGGGAAUUGGCAAAGUCCCGAAUUUCGGAAUUGCCAAAGUCCCGAAUACCGAAGUGCCGACCCGAACCACAUUUUUUGCCCAUGCACGUCCUUAAUCUAAAACACAUGCGAGAGAGAGAGUGUGUGUGUUUUUUUUUAUUUUUUCAAGAAUGCUUAAAAUUGCUAGAAAUCAGGAAUCCAUUGUUUGCUUCAGCAAACUCGUAUAGAAAAAUGUAUUGCUUUUAGCUGCAAGUUGUCAAAUAGAAAUGAAAGAAAACCCAGAGAGACAACCAUUUGUCUUCUCCAUUGUUAUUGUGGUUAGUGUUUUUUCUUUUUAGAGGAUAUAUCAAGGUUAAGAGGUCUAAAAUGCAAUACACUAUCAGUACACCCUCGUCAUGUACAUUUUUAAAAAAAUGUUUCAUAUGCUAUGUUAUUUAUAGAAAUAAUGUGCCCUGUAUAUCUUCCUUUUAUAAAUUGUCUGUUUCAAGUUAAAGUUUAAUAUUUGGCUGCCUACUUUUUGUUUUGUUUUUGACAAUCUUUAUUUUGAGUUUUAGAAAGGUAGUACACAAGAAGUAGGGUAGCAAAUUGAAUAUGCUUUUCGACAACAUGUUCUGCAUUCAAUGAGAUCACACAUUAGGGUCAUAGUUAGCAUUUGCAGGUAGUAUGUAAAUGUACAGUGUGGGCAUGAAUGCGAGGUUAUGUCGCCCCUGUCUAGAUGCAUGCGUACCCUAGUGUUCCCUUCAGCUGCUCAUACUGCUGCUAGUGUGACCUUGCGUGUAGGUAUCAUUUAACGUUUGUGGGUUUACAACCAUGGUAGUGGUUCUGCGUACAGGGGAGGUAGUUGCACCCAUGGCUAGCUGUGUGCGUUCUCAAUGGCUUACACCUACUGCCUGCGUAACUUGCUAUGUGGACAGCAGUGGAGAUUGCAUGUAUUGUUCGGGUGUGCUGUGCAUUAUGACCAUUUUGGCCACCCAUGGAGGUUGUGACUCAGAUGUCACCCAUGGCCACAGUCCCUCUGUCCCGCAUGUUAUGUGUGUCAUAUGUGAGUAACACUAUGUCAGUUGUCCAUUUUCAAAGUUAGCCUGAGCAUCGUUUUGGGCGGCUGCUUAGUUACUGUUCAGAGAGAGAGAGAGAGUGGGGAGGGAGAAAUGGGAAAAAGAGGUAAGAAGAAGAGAGAAAAGAAGCAGAGAAAUAAAAGAAGGGGAAAAGGGGGGAGAGUGGUGGGGGAGAUGAAGGGGAAUCCAAGUUAGUGUUGCCUGGUGCCAUAAGCAUCCCUACGCCGCCUCUCCCCCAACUUAAGGGUAGAAGCAGCUAUGUCCUGUCUCUCAGUUGUACUUCUCUUCAUUAUCUUAUUGUCAUCUGAUCAUCAUCAUUUGUUGUUGAAGCAUUUCUUCAAAUGGAUUUAUUUACAGCCACGUGUUCCAUUUUAGGUUUCGUCGGUACAUGGAUUUGCUCUGUUAAAGUGUUAGUUGGGUGUUAGUAAAAGUGAAUUUACUCUUUGUUUUAGUAAUAUUUGCAUAUCUGUGCAUUGCCUUGCUGUAUGUUUUAGUGAUAUGAGUCGAUUUGAUAUUGACUAGUUACUUAUAAAAAUUAGAAAUCCCAUCUUAUCUCAGUACUGUAUAUUUAUUGUUAUGUGUUUGUGCAAUAUUCUAAUGAUGUGUGGGUGGGAAAGUCAGCAUACUAUUGACAAAUCAUAAUCUCCUUUGGAAAUCUUCCAUUUUACAGGUAAAAUCAAGAAUAGCCUUUGGCAAGCCACUGGCAGAACAAGGAACUAUUUUAGCAGACAUUGCCAAAUCCAGAGCAGAAAUUGAACAAGCCAGGUUACUGGUUUUAAAAGCCGCCCAUCUGAUGGAUACAGUGGGAAAUAAGGUGAAUAGUUAUGAGUGCGAGUAUGCAUUUUUACUAAUGUUUUGUUUUUUUGCAGCCAAAUCAGUGUGUUAAACAUUUCACACAGAAACUCCUACUGUGUUUCUCGAGAUCUCCUCAGCCUCCAUACCUUCUAUAAUUGACAUAUCGUCUUGUACAUCCCCUGGCUACAAAAGGCACAGUUAUCCCGUUGAGAUGUGGGGGGAGGGGGUAGUUUUCUUGCUACUUCAUACUUCAUACUUGCUACCAUAACUCCAAUGAACUUUACUUACAUAUUUGGAGGUCUGCCUCUAACCUUUUUUUCAGAAUUAUUAUAAACACAUCUCUCAUUGGUAAAUGUACUUUAUUAAAUGACACUCUAUGUUUACCCAAACCUCAUCCACAUAUCUUAGAGGUGUUCAGAUGUAGCAAAGGUCGUUACUACUGAUCUUUUAAGCUUCUUAGACCCAAUGUUAGAUUACUAUGUCAAAUCUGUGCAGCUACAAAACUCUUUACAGAAGGGAUUUAAAAAGUAGGCCCCCACCUUGUUAAAACUAGAAUAUGGAAGAUACUGGCAAUUGAGCACUUCACUGCCACACAUAAACAUACACAUCUUUCUCAGAGUAUGGACUCUUUCCCUGUUCCAGCAAGAUUCACCUAAUGCGUAAUUCUCUAAUGUAUUGUCUUUUUUUUCUCUCUUUUUUUUUCUUCCUCCUUUUCACACCUCCCUUUCCUCUUAUCCUAUUUUUAUUUAUUUACUACCCACACCACAACCACAUUCCUCACUCCCUCAUUAUUGUAUUUGUUUUACACUAUUUUCAUGAUGGACACUUUUUAUAUUGUGUAUUUGUAUUGUAUUAAAAAAAAUAGAAUUGAUCUCUUGAAGUGUUGCAUUAAUCAAAUCAUGCAUUUAAAUAGAUCUGCCUUGUCUUAUUGUGUAGACUUUUGAAUAGUUUAAUUGCACAGCUAUGCAAGAUAAGCACAUAUGCAUCUCUUCACCAAAUUAAAUAUAUGAUGGUUUGAUGCCUUUAUUUUAAUUUUAUUUUUUUUGCAGGAAGCUACUUUAGAAAUUGCCAUGAUUAAAAUGGUUGCCCCAACCAUGGCCCAGCAAGUAGUGGAUCGAGCUAUUCAGGUAAGUACUGUAUGUGGAAGAGUGAUCAUGGAAUUACAUGGCAAAAAAUGAAUUAGAGGAACACUCUGGGCGCCAUAACAAGAGAAUGUAGUUGUUAUGGUGCCAAGAGGUCCCUGACGCUUGUUUGUCUUCAGGGGUUAAACUAUCAACAAACGGUUUAACCACAAAGUCUUCAUUCCAGCACCAGUCAGCUCUGCCCUGAACAUGCAGUACAGUUUUUGUCAAACUCCACUCAGCCACUGUUUUCAAAUACUUGCAUAGAAUUCUUACAAACAUUCCUAUUUAUUUUUCAGUCAUUUGGAGCUGCAGGUCUCAGCAAUGACUUCCCACUGGCUCAGUUUCAUGCCUGGACACGGGCCCUUCGCCUUGCAGACGGACCAGAUGAAGUUCACAGAGCAGUCGUAGCCAAAAUUGAACUGAAACACUAGGGUUUUUAUCUUUCUUUAGGAAACUGAUGUUUAUGCAACAUAUCUUAAAUAAUCUUCUCAAAUAUGAGAAGAGUGAAAAUGAAAUUCUGAAAAUCAAUCAUGGCACACACAAAUAUCACUUUCUUGAAUAUUAAUUGCUUACAAAAAAAUAUAUAUGGGUGUGGACACUUGCUUGGUCACCUGAAGCAUGAAUAUGCAUUAUAAUACCUUAUGUAGACUGCGUACAGCUUAGGUUUUCAUGGAUUUUCCCAUUCGCUUAUCUGGACUUUCCUGCGCAGGUGAAUUAGACUAUGGAUCAUGGUUACAGUUCUAAUGUUGGUGAGUCCAGAGACCUAAUAAUGAAAACCUAUGAAACAGAAGAAUUUUGUCAGGAAGUUGUUCUGAAUGUGCAUGUGACUUUUGUGUAUGACAAAAAAUAAAACUACCGGUAAAUGCAAUUUGGGCAUCUAUAAAUAAAUAAUUUUUUAUUAAAAAAUAAAUUCAUUUCAUUUAGCUCUUUUUCAAAACCACAUGACAGAUUAGUUUUAUUUGCC